GGGCAGGAGAGCUGGGGAAAGCAGGAGGGAAAAGAGGGAGGUUUCUGGGAGGAGGGGCUUCCCUCCCUCCCUCUCUCUCUUUCUCCCCUCUCAACUGGAGAUCCAGUUUCAACAAGUGGCUCUGUCCAGAGAAGGAGCGGAGGAACCGAGCCGUCUAUUUAAAGACAGGAAGGGCCCACCCCUCUGAAUGUAUAUCUCCUACAUGUGCUCCCUAUAGGCUACCCCCACCCCUUUUGUUGUUGUUGUUGUCGUCUCCCCCUCCCCACCCCCUUUGCUCCUGUCCCCUCCGUCUCCUGCACCAGCAGAUAUGGGGAAAGGGGUAAGUACCGCUGCUUCUGGGGCCCCCAAAGGCCAUAUCUGGGGGUGGGAGAGAGAGAAGUGGUCCUUCAGGGGUGCAAACGAGUACUGCAAAGGGAAAGUAAUGGGGGGCGCCUGCAGGGAUCCCUGAGAAGGCCAGGGUGUGGGUGAGUGCCUUGUGGGGUUUUGUGGCGCGCAAGGAGGAAGGGUCCACAGGCAGAGAAAAAGCAAGAGUUGGAGGAAAGAGAUCGGAGCGUGUUUGCGCAGCCUUCUCUGGAAGAUCAGAAGGUGCGUUUGGUCCCAAAGAACUAUUUCCAUAUCUCCCACCCACCUUGGAAGGCAGAUUAGCCCCACAGGCCGUAGCUGGGCUGGGCAGAUUGCGGUCCUCUCUGGGCGUGGUCCGCUUUGGCAGAGAGGGGAGUGCAGGAUCGGGUCCACGGAUUGCAUUUAAUAAUUUUAGCUCACAUAGACUGGCCUUGGGCGUCUUGUUGCUUUGAGCGGAGGAGCAGGGCUGUAAAUGUCAUGGUGCUGAAAUUCACCAGAGUCCAGCGUGCUGCUUUCUGCUGCCCUCUGUCUGUCGUACUUUGAGGAGAGGGGUGUUUGGGCUCCUGCUUUGAGUUCGGAAAAGUUUUUUUUCCUCGCCCCUGGCCAGGAGGUCUGUGCUGUUGUUCUUGCACCUACAAAGUGUGGCCUUCGCUUUGAGCCUCUAGGGAGAACCUCGUGGCCGGUGGCGGCGGCAGCUGGCAAAAUCUGCCACCCCAGCUGUCAGAAAAAGUAUUUCGCUGUCAGAUUUUGCAGGGUGGCAGAGAGAGGUGCAGGAGAACAAAGUUUGUUGUUACAUUCAUGUCACAGGAUGUGCUGGUUUCUCACAUUCGGUAGAAAGGCAUAUUUAAACAUAAUAUUCUGUAAGACAAAAGCGUCUGUUGGGGUUUCUUCCUUUUAGACUGUUGAUAAUUCCUUGGGAAAUGUGACUGCCAGCUUCCAGCUUCCACAGAACUGUUUGCUGAGUUUCUCUCCUCCCUGAUGCAACGUUUGGUGCAAUUUGGUGGUUGGGGGAAGUGCUCCCUUCUCUGCACCCACAAAACAGAUAAAAGAAAAGGCACGCAUCUGCCUUCUCUAUAGAUCGCUUUUCCCACAGUCAUGGUUCUCACCCGCAAAGGAAAGAGAAAGGGGUGUUAGCAUUUGUUGACCCAGAUGUUUGGGACGCCGCUGAGGAUUCACCUGUGAUCUAGCGCAGCUGGGACUCCUGGGGUUCAUUUUCAGAUGUAUAAUUCAGCGCAGAACUCCCGGGGUUCCUAUCAGUGCAAAUGACUAUGAUCCUGUGAUCUUUGUCGGAAAGGCAGAUGGUGAAACAUCGCUGCGCGGUCACUCUCCGUCAUCUUCCAGGAGCGUUUGUCGUCAUUCACUUUUAAUCCUCUCCUAAUUAAACAAGAUCUUGUCCCCGUGGGAAGAUCUGAAUCCGUGUCCGGUACAAGCCAGGGGGUGGAUUAGUCGGUCUGGAUCCCAUUCAGCGUCUUCAUUUAGAAUCGAGCCAUGCAGGGUAGAUCCCACAACCUUUCAAAACCUCAACCGGAGAAAGAAGAUAGUUUGUUUGGAUUCUGAAUUGUAGGUUUUCCGGCGCAACCUUAGGGUCUAGAAACUUGAAACAAUACACCAUCUCCUGCCACUUCAUGAGAAGCCACCAGGGCAGAGAGGGGUGGCAGGAGGCCCCCCAGCUCCUGUCAAUCACUAGGCACCAGCCCUCCCAGAAUGGGCUGGAGCUCAGGGAUUUGGGGGCCACUGCAAGGUUGUUGUUUUUUAUGCAGUGGAGGCCGGAAAGAUACAGAGGGAAUUGGAAGAGACAGAGGCUCUGGCUUUCUUCAUUAUUCUGAAUAGUUCUUUUAUGCUACUUGCUUUUUCCUAUGUGAGGAAAAAUCAAAACAACCAAAGCAAUAUGAAUGUGCCAGUCUUUAUUGAUGGUCAAAUUUGGGUAAUUAGAGCAGUGGGUGUUGAUUGAGAGAGAUUAAAGCUUUAUUGAUCCUACACACCAUACUUGGCUGAUUGGAGGUAUUUCUCCAGUGCAAUUAACCUCUUUUUUUCUUUCUGCUGCAUAGCUGCACCCUGGGCUGGCCACCUGAAUAGUGAAUAGUGAAUAGCUUGCAUUUUAUUCAGUUUAUUUUUUUCUCUUUGUGUUAAUUGUACUUCUUGACAUGUAUCUUUAAUGAACCUCAGUAAAAUAUUUUUUUUUGGGGGGGGGAGAAAAAGAAAAAGAAAAAGAAAAAGGAAGAGACAAGAGGCUAAUUUCUGCCCCCUACAUUCAGUGGAAUGAAACAUGAGCUGUGAUUCCUGUGGGGGGUUGGGCUGGAUGACCCUUAGGAUCCCUUCCAACUUUGCACGCCUAGGAUUCUGUGAUUGCCCCCUGUCCCAUUUCCAUGCACCCUUUUGCCACAAAGCGGGGUGCAGCCAGGGCCAGGCUGUGUGAGCAAACUGGACCCCCGUUGCCAAAGAUUUCUCAGGGCUUGUUCCCCAUAACCCGCCUAUCGAGGGUUUGCCCCUGCCUUUCUUUGCACAAAGUUUGCUCCAACAUCUCUGAGGCUUUGCCGCAAGCAGGAGGUAUAUGAUUCCUGUGAAAUAAAACAAAGGUCUGGAUUGGGAUCAGAAAACAGUCAGCUGUUCAUCAAGCAGUGGUUCUGAUGUGCAGACCUUCUGAGUGUCCCUAUUUCCCAGGGAUGUUUCCAGAUUGACAGAAGCUGUCUUGGUUUCUGAUUUGAUCCCAGAAAUGUUGCAGAAAUGUUGGGGUUGUGGAAACCCCAAGCCACGGAAAUAAAUAACAACACAACUUUUAGAAGACAUCUGAAGGCAGCCCUGUAUAAGGAAGUUUUUAAACGUUUAAGUUUUUAUGUAUACUGGAAGCCACCCAGAGUGGCUGGGGCAACCCAAUCAAAUGGAUGAGAUAAUAAUAAUAAUAAUAAUAAUAAUAAUAAUAAUAAUGGAAUAGGAUGCCCCUAUUUUCAUUGGUGAAAUGUUGGAGUGUAUACAAUCCACUUUUAAAGCCAUCCAAGUUGAUGGUCAUUGUCGCCUCCUGUGGCAGGGAGUUCCAUAGUUUAACGAUGCGCUUCAUGAAGAAGUUCUGCGACCCUGGAGGCCCAAUGCCCAUCCGUGUGGUCAGUCCUGAGCUAGAGAGACCAAGUUUCCAGCUUGGAUUAAACUGCUUCCCACUUUCCCAUGUUUGUGUUCCAAAACCAGCCUCUUUCGGUCCCUGGCCUGAGAGGUUCUGUCAGUGGAGCCUUUCCAAAAUCAAACGGUCUCGUCACACAGGCAGUGGGAGAGGGGUUCCCGACAUCGUUGGACUGGGCCCAACCCCUCGCUGGGACCUUUUGGGAUCGCAAGAACCGGGCCCAGGAGAUGCAGAUGUUUAUUCAGGAGCAGAAAAUAAAAAGAGGACCUCAUCGCAACGCUGACGGAAAAGUUCCCCCGUUGCCAAGAACAACUCUUGUUUGCCAGGGGUCGUGUUACAGAGAGACCUGGGAACAGGGUGCUGUGUGGCCAUGGGGGGGGGGAGACGGGGGAACCCCAAUCCUCACCGUGGGGUCUCCAGCACCUUUUGCAUGGCUGGCCCCCUGGUUACCACGCUGACCUCUGUUCAAGGGAGGUGGGAAUCGACUUCCUAAUCACUUGACCCCUGAUGCAUUUUCCCUCGUUUAAAAAUAGUUGAAAAUGUGUAUAUAUAGGACCUGGGGCUUUGGAAUGACAAGGCCUGGCCUCGCAGCAGGAGGAAUGGCCGGGGGCCUGGGCUGACCGUCGGCUUCUCCAUGCAAAACGGGGGCAUUGUGAGCAGCUCCUCACACCAUGCGCUCAAAGCACAUCCAUUGAAAUGUGCUGGGAAAUGCGGCUUCGCCGGGCGCAGAGCUGCCAUUCCUGGCAACCUUUGCAAACGAAAGCAAAAGCCGGUGUGCAAAUGUGGAGGACAGAACUUGCAAAAAUGAGAAACCAGCAGCAGCACAUUUGUCCACCCUGUAGUUCCACAAACUGUUAUGAAACUGCCGUGGCCUUUGGCUAUUUCAAUAAACUUAUUGAUGAUGACGAUGACAACGAUAUUUGUCCAUUCCUAUAGUUUUUACUGAUCAAAGGGCAGGUGCUGAAAGCACAGGCCUCCUGGGGCGUGGAAAUGAGCAAUGCCUGGCCUUUUCUCAGGGAGAAACAACCACUUUGCUUCGUCCACCACAACCCCCCAAAAGCUACCUAGAUACCAGCUUUGCACUGCAGGGGGUUGCACCAAAUGGGGGUUGGACCCAGCCCAGUUUUCCCUUAAAGCCAUCUCUCAUUCUGCACUGUGUCCCCAGCGAUUGAUAUUCAGAAGCGUGAAUUCCCCCAGUCCUCUUUUAAAGCCAUCCAGCUUGGUGGCCAUAGCUGCCUCAUGUGGCAAGGAGUUCCACAGUUCAACUCUGCCCCGCAUGAAGAAGCCAUUGCUUUUCUCUGCCCUGGAUUUUCCAACGUACAGCUUCACGGGAUGCCCGUGAGUUCUAGCGUUAGGAGAGAGGGGUGCAAACAUUCCUCUAUCCACUUUCUCCAUCAUUCUAUAAACUUCUACCAUCUCACCUCUCCCUGGCUGUUUCCCCUGAAGCAGAAAUCCCCAAACGCCACAGCCCUUCCUCGCUCCAUCAUUCCCUGCAUUGUUUUGUGCCAUUUGAUCCGCCGCGCAGUUGUCCCUCCUCACCUCAGCCGAGGGAAGGACUUCGCUCAGGGAGUUCCUGCCUGGCCCAAUUCUUUCUCUCCCUCCUUUUGGGCCAGGAUGGGGAAAACACCCUUUCUCCCUGUCUCCGGGGGCCCAGAGGAGAGGCGUGCCAAGCCCAGAGCCCGGCGGAGGAGAGAGAAGAUGUCUCCCUGGGCACUGAAUGCCCAAGCAGGCAGAACAGAGGGGUCUUUCUGCCUCCUUGAAAAGCCCCGGAGGCCUGAAUAGGCAAGACUUGGAACAGGAGUGGUUUCGCUCUCUCCCAGCCUUUUCUCUCGCUCUCCAGGGUCCCUGGCUGCGCCAAGACAUGCCCCGAGUGCUAAUGACAUUGCUCUCCUCUUUCAGUGUUGUGGAAUGGUGUGGCUGGCAUCCCGUCCCCUUUCCCGGUCAGGCCCCAGCAGUGAGUGAUGGUGGCGCAGGGCAGGAAGAGAGGUCCGAGAGUCAGGGUGGCAUAAUGGUUAGAGCGUCCAACUGCAAGGACCUGGGUUCAAAUUACCACUUGGUCAUGAAGCUCCCUGGGUGGCCUUUGGCCAGUCACGGCCUCUCAGCCUAGCAUCCCUCACAGGGCUGUUGCUGUGAGGAUUAUAUGAGGACUUGGACCGGGGUGAGACCAGAAUUCGAAUCCCACUCAGCCACGCGUCUCACGGGAUAUGACAAUAUUUUGCAGGGUGCUCCUCCAGCCCAAAGGCAGGGAAAGAAUGCAUGUAUUUGGCUAAAGAGGGCCCCAAAAUGCAUUCAUUAUUGAAAAUAACAUAUGAAAAGCUAUUCUGGAAAAUUGCUUUGCAAAAAUGCGUAUGUUAGGCAAAAUUGCAAACAGGCAUGUGCAGUCUAGGAGAAAUUUGCCUUAAGUGUUGAUGGAUUUUCAUGAGGACUCUUAAAAAAGGUAAGGGUGGGGGAGAAUUGCAUUUUGAUGCAGAAACGUAAACAGCUGAAGACAGAAAAGUGAGAAACUGAGAAACUCAAACCUGCAGAUUUGUCUGUUCCUAUUUUUACUGAUGCUGGAAGCACAGAUCCUUUGGGUUGGCAGAAUGAGCGAUGCCUGGUCUCCUUUCUGGGAGAAAUCGAAAGCUCUGUUUCCACCUCCCACGAACUUAUUCUAUACAAGCGAACAACCAGCUGUGUUGGCCACCUUCCUGGUACGUCCAAAUCUCAAGAGUUUUGCUGAGGUGGGGAGAGAAACAUUUGGCCUCCUGUACUUCCUGCGUCCCCUCAGUCCGGAAAUGCCGUGACAAUAAUAGCUUCCCCUGGCACUCUGUCCAGGGCUGGCCAAAUAGGAUCAGUAGCUCAGUGAUGGUGGUGAUGGAGGAGGAAGACAUCAAAGCUUUUGCGUCAGGCCAUUCACGGCCUGGGAUGUUUGGCAAAGGCUGCUUUGCUGUGAGGCCACUGCUCAAUGCACACUCAGGGCUCUAGAAGGAAGGUUGUUGUCUGCUGUUUUGCUGAAAAUGAGACUCAUGGAGUUGGAAGGGACCCCCGCGGUCGUCUCUUCUAACUCCCUGAAAUGCCGGGAUCACAAAUGAGUCUUCAUUCAGAGCCUGUAUAUCUCAGCAGCCGCUGUAAAUGUCCCAGAUUUGUUCACGAUGCUUUUAUUUAUUUCAUAAAAUCUAUCCACCACUUGCUUGUUUAAAAAUGUCCCCAAAAGGCUAACAAAAGAAGAAAAGAAAACAAUUACAUUAUCAACAAGGUGAUAAUUCAAGACUUCAAAACAUUAAAACAAUGUUUGUCUUGCCAGAGUGGUGCAUGCUCUAGUUAUCUCCCGCUUGGACCCCUGCAAUGUGCUCUAUGUGGGGCUACCUUGGAAGGUGACCCGGAAACUACAACUAAUCCAGAAUGCGGCAGCUAGACUGGUAACUGGGAGCGGCCGCGGGACCAUAUAACACCGGUCUUGAAAGACCUACAUUGGCUCCCAGUAUGUAACUGAGCACAAUUCAAAGUGUUGGUGCUGACCUCAAAAGCCCUAAACAGCCUCGGUCCAGUAUAUCUGAAGGAGCAUCUCGACCCCCACUGAGGUUCAGAUCCGAGAGCCUUCUGGCAGUUUCCUCCCUGCGAGAAGUGAGGUUACAGAGAACCAGGCAGAGGGUCUUCUUGGUGGUGGCACCUGCCCUGUGGAACGCCCUCCCACCAGAUGUCAAGGGGAUAAACAACUACAUGACAUUUAGAAGACAUCUGAAGGCUUCAGGGAAGUUUUUAAUGAAUGAUGUUUUAAUGUAUUUUUAAUCUUUUGUUGGAAGCCGCCCAGAGUGGCUGGGGAAACCCAGCCAGAUGGGCGGGGUACAAAUAAUAAAUUAUUAUUAUUAUUAAAAUAGACUAAAAACAGAUUGAAACUUGCAUCAGCUCUCAAACAAGGCUUUUCUAAACAAGAGUGUUUUGAGCCAAAAAGAGUAUGACGAAGGCGCCUGCUGGAUGUCAACAGGCAGGGAGUUCCAAAGUUUAGCUGCUGCCACACUAAGCAAUUGAGCUCUUACAAAUUCAGAACAGAUAUGAUGUGGCCCCAGGAGCAGUGCCAGUUCCGCCCAUUGAAGCAGUCAUGGAUGGGGUAAUAAUGGCACAAGCUUAUGCAUGUCUACUCAAAAGUAAGCCCUACUAUGUCCAGUCAUGGCGCUUCCUCCCAGGUCAAGCCUGUAUAUAAAAGGGACGUGGGUGGCGCUGUGGGUUAAACCACAGAGCCUAGGACUUUGUGAUCAGAAGGUCGGCGGUUUGAAUCCCCGUGACGGGGUGAGCUCCCAUUGCUCGGUCCCUGCUCCUGCCAACCUAGCAGUUCGAAAGCACCUCAAAGUGCAAGUAGAUCAAUAGGUACCGCUCCGGCAGGAAGGUAAACGGCGUUUCCAUGCGCUGCUCUGCUUUGCCAGAAGUGGCUUAGUCCUGCUGGCCACGUGACCCGGAAGCUGUAUGCCGGCUCCCUUGGCCAAUAAAGCGAGAUGAGCGCUGCAACCCCAGAGUCAUCUACGACUGGACCUCAUGGUCAGGGGUCCCUUUGCCUUUACCUUUAAAGCCUGUAUAUAGGGCCACAGCGUAAUGGUCUCUGAAAGAGCCACAGAUUACACACUCCCCAAUCAGGUGAUCUCGCAGGGAAACCGGUCCUUGUAUACUAACAGGAGCACCUUAACUUGGGGUAUAUGGCAUGUUAGGGGAGGGGUAGCACUUCAUGCUCCUUCUGGGGUAGUUCGUCCACCUUCCCCCCCCCCCCCCACAGCUCUCAAUUGAAGCUCAGAUAAACUGUCAGCAUGUAAGAGCAGCCACAGCCCGGGAACGGCUUCAACUGGCCGGCUAAACCAGGUGAGGGCAGCCGAUGGGUCUCUAACCUUCUGUGAUUUAGGGACUUCCCCUGCAGGAGAAGACAGGCUCUAGCACAGGGGUCAGCAAACCUUUUCAGCAGGGGGCCGGUCCAUUGGCCGGACUAUCUUUUGGAGAGAAAAAAUGAACGAAUUCCUAUGCCCAGAGAUGCGUUUUAAAUAAAAGCACACAUUCUACUCAUGUAAAAACAUGCUGACUCCUGGACUGUGGCCUUAGUUUGCCUACCCAUGCUCUAGCGCAUUGAGUGGACAAGACCAAGAGGGUGUCCAGUGGUCAAGAAGGUGGCUUCUGCGUGUGCUGUAGAGGGAAGUGAGUGGCAGACAGGCCUCACCCACCUGGGAAGGGAACCCCUCCAGGAGAAGGAAGACUCUGAGUGUAAACCCACCAGGUAUCCCCAGAUCUCCCAGCUUUGCAAGCAGCUUGGAUGGGAUCUGGUGGAAAUGACGAGAAGUUUGGGGUUUUAGCAACCGGUUUUUUGUUCCUGGGAAUGCAAUGCUACAGAAGCAGCAAACUCAUGUGGGAUUUCACACACACCCCAUACAUUUAUUUAUUUAUUGUACAUGGAGGGUCACGGAACCGACAGAUUCGCCCGUCCUUGGCUGAGAGCGCUCUGGGUCUGCCUGGUGGUGCCUUUUCCCUCUUGCCCGCUGGGGCUGCUAAUGCCAUCUCUGCCCCCUCAGGCGGGACGAGAGUCUGCCCUGCCGGGGGCGACGGCUGAGAAUGGAGGAGGGAAGAAGAAGCAGAAGGAGAAAGAGCUGGAUGAGUUGAAGAAGGAAGUGAAUUUGGUAAGUCAAAGCGCUGGCGGGGUGGCUGUUUGGGGGAGCGCUGGGGUCAAGGCAUAAAGGCUGGUCAGUGGCCCCUCUAGUCCAGACUCCCCACAGUGGCCAAGUACCCCUAAGGAACUAGGGGUCCAGAUAGACUGCCACUGGAGCUGGAGGCUCCAUAAGAACAGAAGAAGAACAUGCUGGAUCAGGCCAAAGGGGGGAGUCAUCUAGUCCAGCCUCCUCUUCUCACAACGGCCAACCAAUGGGAAGCCUCCAAGCAGGACCUGAGUGCGAAAGCAGCACUCGCCACAGGUGUUUUUCUGACAGUGGAGGGAGAAGAUUGUGGUUGGUCGCCUUAUUAUCCUCCGCGAUAAGGCUCCAUGCUCAGGGAUCUGUCAGGGCCCACAGCAGUAGGCGGGAGAGAAAUGAAAUUUCCCUUGUAUUUUAACGAGGAAUGGCCUUAUUUGCACUUCUCAACCAAUAUGCGAACCAAAACACAACUGUCUUUCAAAAUUCGCACUUAUCCGAAUUUUGCAAUGCACUUUCCUACAAAACGAACCAGUGUGCAAAAAUUCAUGCUGGGGUGGGGGUGGGGAAUAAAUAUAUAUAUACUAGUGAAAACAGCAGACAUUAAAUUUGGGGGAAAUGGCUUGCAAAAAUAUGCACCUUAAAAUUCCAUAACACAAAAAUACUGUACAUGAAAGAGAAUUUUGUACUAAAAUGCUAAGGAUUUAAAAAACCUCUCUCUCAAAACUGCUGCAGAACUGAAAUUAAUAUUGCAAUAAUAAUAAUAAUAAUAAUAAUAAUAAUAAUAAUAAUAAUAAUAAAAAAGAACAGGGUUUUUUCCCUCCAGCUAAGUCCUGCUCAGUAUAGACUCAGUAUAUGAAAUGGAUGAAAGCAAGUUAGUCAUGCCUGCUAACUUCAGUAGGUCUACUUGGAGUAGGAAUAGCACCGCAAACAACUCUGAGAAGCCACCCCUGUCCCUGCUGUGAUGAGGGGGCAAAGUGAUGGAGGGUGGGGGGUCAUGGAGGGUGGUCGGCCCAAGGACCCCCCCUCUCUGUGUGUGUCCGUCUCCUUCUCACAAGAGCAGCCAGGAGAAGAAAGACGCUUUGUACGCUGACAGCGAGAAGGAAUGUCUCUCCUCGGUUUCCCGGAUCCUGUUCUUUUUCCGAGGACGUUCAGCUCUUCUGCCCCCCGUGACUAACAGCCUUUCACUGCCCCCCCUUGUCCUGUCCUUCUUCUCUCUCUCCUUACCAGGAUGACCACAAGCUGUCGCUGGACGAAAUCAGCAGGAAGUACCAAGUGGAUCUGUCCCGGGUGAGUCCGCUGGGGACAUUUGCUGCUCCUCUUUGCCUUGUACCCUCUUUUUGUGACUCUUGUGUUUCUGCAUGGGGAGGGGGGGUGAGUGGGUAUCAAGGCAUCCUGGCUUUCAUUUAUCCCAUGGGGGGGGGUGUUAUAUGCUGGCCUUCUGACUGGGGCUGAUUUCGCACCCAUGUCCGGUGGCUCAAUAUGCCCAAGAACUUAGGGAUCGAGGUAGACUGGCCCUGGAGCUGGAGGCUCCAUAAGGACAUAAGAAAAGCCCAGUUCAGGUCAAAGGGGGUACACCUAGUCUAGCAUCCUGCACUCUCCUCUUCUGCAAUUUCCAGCAACUAAUAUUCAUAAGCAUUGCUGGCACCAUUUUGGCUACUAGCCUACCAGAUUUUUUUCAAGGAAUCUGGGGACACUUUUCAACUUCUUUUUUUAAAUACACAUAAAUUUUUCUUAGUUUUUCAACAUAUCAUUUUCAACAGUAAUUAAACAUACUUUCAUAUCUUAUACCAUCUUUUUUUUUUUUUUGCUUCCACCAAUCACAUCUGAAAAUUUUCCAGUCUAUUCACUAAAUAUACAUUUCUUACUUCCACAAUUACGUUUAACUCAUAACUAAUAUCUCUCUUCUUUCUCUACUUUGCAAUGCUUCGUAAAUUUCUCCUUACAAAGCUUCUUGUAGUCCUACUGGGACACUUUUCAACUUCAAUAGGAAUGAUAGGAUUUUGUAUGGCGAUUGAUUUGUAAAUCCGGGGACUGUCCCCAGGAAACGGGGACGUCUGGUAACCUUAGUCUCCUCUGUGAAGUCUUAUCCUCCGUAAAACACAUGAAUGCCCUAAAGAAUCCUGGGAAAUAUACAGUAGUUUGCCCUCUCACAUAACUACAAUUCCCAGGAUUCUGGGGUGAGGGGAACAAUUUGCUUUAAGUGUUUAUGCAGUCGAUGCUUCUUGCUUGCUUGUAGAAUGGAGACAUUUUGUGUGUUUGGAGAAACCUCUGAAUUUUGCAUGGUUGGAAAGUCAACAGCUGCAGCCAUUGGCCCCCAAGAAGUUGCCUACGAGGGAAUGUGGCCCUAGGCCUCCCCCUGAUUCCACCACACAGGUUAAUAUGCCCUCUCUUUUUUUCUUUCUUUGUCUCCUUCCAUGCCAGGGCCUGACCAACACGCGGGCAGCAGAGAUCCUGGCCAAGGAUGGGCCCAACGCCUUGACCCCUCCUCCAACCACACCAGAGUGGGUCAAGUUCUGCCGCCAGCUCUUCGGGGGUUUUUCCAUCCUGCUGUGGAUCGGGGCCAUUCUCUGCUUCCUGGCCUACAGCAUCCAAGCGGCAAUGGAGGAUGAGCCGGCCAACGACAACGUAAGUCUUGUGGCCCCAAGACAGGCAUCCCCGAACUCAGCCCUCCAGCUGUUUUGGGACCAGGGAUGAUGGGAAUUGUAGUCCCAAAACAGCAGGAGUGCCAGCAGGUUUGGGGAUGCCUGCCCCAAGAGGAUAGGAUCCCAACCCGGGCUGGCAGCAGCUCUCCAGGGUUUCAGAGAAGGGACAUUGCCAGCCCUACUUGGAAAAGAGGAUUCUAGUCCUCAUGGUUCUGAGUAAAAGGUUGAAAUAGGAAUGUAGGAAGCUGCCUUAGAUUGCAUCAGAUAAUUGGUCCAUAUAGACUAGUUCUGCCUACACUGACUGGCAGCAGCUCUCUGGGGUUUCAGGCAGGCGAUGUUCACAGCAGCACCGGGAUAAUUAUUAAUUUAUUUUACAAAUCUUACACACCACUUGGUUUAAGAACAAAACAAAACUCAAAGCAGUUUUUUAAAAAAAUAAAACAGUAAAAUUAGCAGUAAAUAACAGUUAAAAGCAAUUAUUUAAAACAUGCAAAAAACAUUAAGAUCAACAAUAAGCUAAAAAAAACCAGGUUAAGGCACAUGUCAGCAUCCCUACAUAUCUAGGCAGGCUUGCCUAACAAGAAUGUUUUUAGCAGAAGCAGUACAGGGAAGGCGCAUGGAUGGUGUCAAGAGGCAGGGAGUUCCAAAGUCUGGGUGCUGCCACACUAAAAGAGUGAUUUCUUAUGAAUGCAGAACUAGUGCAGAUCAAAGCAGUUGUGUGAGCCCAGAUGAGGUAAGGCAAUAUUGCAAAUUGGUCCCAAAUUGUUAAGGGCUUUGCAUCCUAUUCGUAACACCUCAAACUUUGCCCGGUAUCACACAUGUAUCACGCAGGUCAGGAUAAGGGCAGAGGAGGCCCCCCUCACGGGUCAGACCCCCAUAGGCCUGGGGUAGCCAGUGGGGUGCCCUCCGGAAGGGGCUGGACUCCAACACCCCCACAAGUCAACAUGGCCGUUGCCCAGGGAGGGGGAGGACGGAGUCGGGAGCCAUCUUCCUUCUUCUUCUUCUUCUGCCCAACAAACUGCCUGAUCUUGCAAGAAAAGUUGGGUGGGGCUUAGGAGGCGACUAACCUGUGGCCUCCCAGGUGUCGCUUGACUCCAGCUCCCAUCCCCAUCCCUGACCCCCUGGCCAUGUGGGCUGGGGCUGGGGACCACCCCUGACUUCGAGGGACUCCACCUCUGGUUUUUAAGCAGAGCUCAGAGGCCCAUUUGUUAGGGAUUCUUUAGUUGUGAUUCCUGCAUAUUGCGGGUUGGGCUGGAUGACCUCUGAGGUCCCCUCCAACUCUACAAUUCUAUGAUCAUGCAGCUUAGCCUCAGAGAUGUCUGGGAUGGGACCCACAAGCUUAACAUGAGUCCACAGGGUGAUGCAGCAGCAAAAAAAGCUAACACUAUUCUAGGCUGCAUCCACAGAAGUCUAGUGUCCAGAUUGUGUUACUUUUAUUGUUGUUAGCUGCUCUGAGCCCGGGAUAUAAAUAUAUUAUUAUUAUUAUUAUUAUUAUUAUUAUUAUUAUCAUCAUCAUCAUCAUCAUCAUCAUCAAGGGAAGGAAUAGUGCCACUCUAUUCUGCCUUGGUCAGACAAACACCUGGAAUACUGUGUCCAGUUCUGGGCAGCACAAUUUAAGAAGGAUGUUGACAAGCUGGAAGGUGUGCAAAGGAGGGAGACCAAGAUGAUUGAGGGGCUGGAAAAUAAGCCUUAUGAGGAACGAUUGAAGGAGCUGGGCAUGUUUAGCCUGGAAAAGAGGAGACAGGAUAGCUUUGGGUCCCUUCCAACUCUCAGAUUCCCUGACCCUCCAUGCACAGAGCAGCUGCUCAGUCACCAAGCUUUGGUAUUUCGCUCUGUGUGGACAGCAGGCCUCAGAAAUGGACAAAGGCUGCGUUCGCCCGAGAAUGUCCCUCCUGCCUUCUCAGCCAGGCAGAAGAGCGAGGGACGGCGGGUUUUGAUGCAAGCAGCGCCAUGCGCCCAAAAGGUCUUGGUCUCCGUCCAACACCUUGGGGUGGGGUUAUCCCAGGACGGCUGGUCACUCCCUGGGCCAUUCCAGAAGCCCCAGCCCACCUGCCAUGGAGCAGGCGGGGAGGUUCAUCCUGUCCCCAGGGCGGUAUUUGCAGCCCUGCAUGCCUCGCCCUGUGUAGGGUUACACUGUAAGACUUCCUGAACAGAAGGGGGGCCCAGGCAGGAGCCUCCAAAACAGAAGGCAGAGGAUUUUGCGCUGGGCAAGAACAACCGUGCUGCUGGGCCCCACACUUCUUGUAGUUGUUGUUUAGUCUUUUAGUCGUGUCCGACUCUUCGUGACCCCCUGGACCAGAGCACACCAGGCACUCCUGUCUUCCACUGUCUCCCACAGCUUGGUCAAACUCAUGUUCGUAGCUUUGAGAACACUGUCCCACCAUCUCGUCCUCCGUCGUCCCCUUCUCCUUGCGCCCUCAAUCUUCCCUCAUCAGGGUCUUUUCUAGGGAGUCUUCUCUUCUCAUGAGGUGGCCAUUGGAGCCUCAGCUUCAGGAUCUGUCCUUCCAGUGAGCACUCAGGGCUGAUUUCCUUCAGAAUGGAUUGGUUUGAUCUUCUUGCAGUCCAUGGGACUCUCAAGAGUCUCCUCCAGCACCAGAAUUCAAAAGCAUCAAUUCUUCGGUGAUCAGCCUUCUUGAUGGUCCAGCUCUCACUUCCAUACAUCACGACUGGGAAAACCAGAGCUUGAACUAUACAGACCUUUGUUGGCAAGGUGAUGUCUCUGCUUUUUAAGAUGCUGUCUAGCUUUGUCAUUGCUUUUCUCCCAAGAAGCAGGUGUCUUUUAAUUUUGUGGCUGCUGUCACCAUCUGCAGUGAUCAUGGAGCCCAAGAAAGUAAAAUCUCUCACUGCCUCCAUUUCUUCCCCUUCUAUUUGCCAGGAGGUGAUGGGACCAGUGGCCAUGAUCUUCGUUUUUUUGAUGUUGAGCUUCACACCAUAUUUUGCGCUCUCCUCUUUCACCCUCAUUAACAGGUUCUUUAAUUCCUCCUCACUUUCUGCCAUCAAGGUUUUGUCAUCUGCAUACAUGAGGUUGUUGAUAUUUCUUCCGGCGAUCUUAAUUCCGGCUUGGGAUUCAUCCAGCCCAGCCUUUCGCAUGAUGAAUUCUGCAUAUAAGUUAAAUAAGCAGCGAGACAAUAUACAGCCUUGUCGUACUCCUUCCCCACACUUCUUAAAUGGGACUAAAUAAUGCCCCGACCCUGAGUGGGACCUAUUUACCCAUUUCUACUGGGAGUCUUGGGUUUCUCCCACAUCUCUCUCACUCUCUCUCCCCCUCCUGCCCAGAAAACAGACUCCAAAAUAGCCUUUAAAAAUUAAGGUGGGUCUCCCAGUAAUGUGAGAAGGUCCCAGACCCGGCCAGAACAUGGGGAAUGAACCCUGAACUCGCCAGCAAACUCAAUUGCGAUUUAUUGAUGAUAUGAACAUCAAUGGGCCUUGCUAUGAAAUGGGAGUUGGGGGGCUGGCUGAGCGGUGGGUGUGCCCGCCUUUGCCCCCUUACAGAGAAGAAAGGGAAGCCGUCCAUGUGCAGAAUGCCACUUUGCCACAUGGUUCCCUUCCCCAAGGGGGGCAACGCUGCCCCUUUCCCGUGGAAAAAACGAAAGAAUGUUAUUUAUCAUCAUCAUCAUCCCACCUGUUUCCCAGGCUCAAGCGGCUUGCACAAAUUAAAGCAACACAGAGGAAAUACUGUGCCGUCAAUGAGAUAUAAACAUGAACAAGAAUAGCAAAAUGGAGGAAAUAACAGGAAUGGCAACAGGAGGGACAUUCACGUUCCUUUAAUUUGGUGGCAUAAUCUGAGGAGAUACCUCUUGGUAGAAAUGCUAAGAGGUCACUAUAUCCUGCGCUGGGAGCACCAGAGAGUCCUGGAAAUUCAUUCUAUUUGUAUAAAUUGUAAAGUCCCACCACACACAGGAUAAAAACGUUAUUGAUCUUCCAUGCCUUUGGAAACCGGUUCCAGACAUUUUGAUAGCACAGAGAUACCUGCAGGCCCUGAAAAGUCUUCCAUUUUGUAUUUUCAAAGUCAUACUUUAUUGUUAGGCAAGUUGCCCUAGAAACAUGGCUGCAAGGGGGCCGUGUAAACCUUAAAUUAAUAGAUGAACAAGCAGAAGAGGAACCUCGCCGUCCACCUUGGGCUGAGUCUGGCCGUUGGCCCAGCUAGCUUCGUAUUUUCUACACCCACCGGCUGCAGCUGGUUUCUAGCUUUCCCUCAGGAAUUAUUAUUAUUAUUAUUAUUAUUAUUAUUACACACCCUUUUCCCAGACUGGGACUCAAGGCUUAUGCAAAUUAAAGCAGGUUUAUACAAAAAGCUAAAAGUAGUUUCAGAGCCACACAUUUGUGAAUGGGGAGCUCUUAUCGUCAGCUUAUUUCCUUUGAGGAAAAAUCCCUUUUUAAAAAGGAAUAAAGGAAGGAAAAGGCUUCCUUCUUCCCUUCCUUCUGACAAGAAAUUCCCUCAGCGGCUUAAGAGAGACUCACCUCAGAAGCCAUUUUGGGGUCCACUCUGUGGUAGAUGGAAAAAUACAGAUAAAGGGGGCUUAUUCCCUGAGGAAUUCGUUUAUUUUAUUCAUUUCACAAAAUUUAUAUAUCUCUUGAAUAUAGAUAUAGAUAUAGAUAUAGAUAUAGAUAUAGAUAUAGAUAUGAUCUAUAUCAUAGAUCUAUAUCUAUGAUAUAACCUCAGUCACCUCCCAUCCAUGAGAGAAUCAUGGAACUGUAAAAUUGGAAGGGGCCCUAAGGAUCAUCUAGUCUGUCCGUCAUUUUGAGAUUUUAGAUUUCCACUGAUAUUUUCUUCCUUCCUUCCCAGCUUUACUUGGGGGUGGUGCUGGCGGCCGUCGUCAUCGUCACCGGCUGCUUCUCCUACUACCAGGAGGCCAAGAGCUCCAAAAUCAUGGACUCUUUCAAGAACAUGGUGCCCCAGGUAAGAAGGCCCCGCCACGCGUCCCAUGUGUUUAUUUUCAUAGAACGGUGGAGUUGGAUGGGACCCCCAAGGAUCAUCUAGUCCACCCUCCUGAAAUGCUCUUGAAAAAGAAUUCUCUUCCCCCCACAACGUGGGACCAGGACUGCAGAGGACCCCCUUCUCGAUUCACACACUUGAGCAGCUUGAUAGCAAAUAUCACAUCCAUCCCCUCCUCGGCCCUCCAGCUGCCAAAUUUCCUUUCAUGCCUCCCUUUUUUCACGUCUAGAUAUUGUAUUUUGAUAUUUUCAGCGCAAGGAUGGCUUCGAAAAUGGGUUGGAGACUAGAAUAGGAGGAGAUCAAUGGCUGCUAACGUAGAACAGACAUUCUCCACUGCCCUCUUGUGGUUGAGACAAGUUUUAUGUAUUUAAAACACUUUUAAAAAUCUGCUUGUUUUUUGAUUAAAAUAUUGAAGCAGUUUGCACACACACAGAGAGAGAGAGAGAAAAUAUGAUUUCCUAUUGGAAGACUGGACAAACACUAGAACACUAGCCGUGGUGAAGUGUUUAUCGGUGGUUGCAAGAACCAAUGAUCCCUAUCUUUAAGUCUGAACAAAAUGUUUGUUUAACCUGGAGGUAGGCUGUUUGAAUUGUGCAUAGCUUUGUAACAAUUUGUUGGGUCUCUGGACCGUAAUAAAGAUUGAUUGAUUGAUUGAUUGAUUGAUUGAUUGAUUUUAGGGCAAGUAAAUCCCUCUGGUCAAGGCUGCCUCUUUUGUGCCACCUUCAGUUCUUCCCAGGGAUUAUAAGUUUUUAAUGAUCGUAGAAUCAUAGAAAUGUAUAGUUGGAAGGGACCACAAGGGCCAUCUAGUCCAACCCCCUGCAAGGCAAUGUGGGAAUCUUUCACCCAACGUGGGGCUUGAACUCUCAACCCUGAAGUUAAGAGUCCCAUGCCCCACUGACUGAGCUCACCGUUGUUUUCGUUUUAUUUUGUGCUUUGUGUUCUCGUUUUGUAUUUUUGUAUUGUGAGCUGCCCUGUGAUCUUCGGGUGAAGGGCAGCAUGCAGAUUUAAUAAAUAAUAAUAAAAAUAAUAAUUCAGCUUCUUUAUUCUAAAGUGUCCUGGUUUUGCCACCUGGGAGGGCGGAGAAAGUCUUCGCACACUUCAUGUUAUUGCAGGAAUUUAUGUAUCGGUUUGGGGGGGUGUUGCCCCUCCAGCAGAUAUCAUGCACAUGCAGCCCACUACCAAAAUCAGCACAAUCGCUUUUGUGAUUUGUCCCCACAAAAUACUUCAUCACAGUUUCUUCCAAUCUAUUCAAAGGGCCUUUGCUGCACGAUACCAAAUGUAAGAAUUCACUGAUAGAUGCAUCUCUGUACUGGCUCACUGGGAAACUUCAGAAUUUCCUAUAGACAUGUGAGCUCAGCUCCUCAGCAGCCCCUCUGCCUGAGGGAUAAUCCCUGGCAUCCUGAUACCUGAGUGCCAGACAGGUAGCCAUUCCGGGAAGAACAAACCCAGAUGGAGACAAAAGGGUGUGAUGAACUUGGCUGGGAAACAGGGAAAAGUAAAAAUCUCUUUUGUUACACUUGAUGGGUGUUUGGUGGAGGGCAAGGGGAACCAUGGGGCAGGGACCAGGAUGCUCAGAUUACGGCCACCAGACCUCCCCUUUCAUCAUGUAUUAGUGAUGUAUUAGUGAUGUAGUUUGGGGGGUGUAACAUGGGGAUUAGCAGCUAAUAAAAGUUUGGGGGCUCUUUUCUUGGGCGCUUCCAUCUUGUUUCACCUGGUGGCAGGUGGGAGUCCUGUCGCGACAGUCUUCAAUCAAGACCAAGACUCCUGGCUGCUCUUUUGCUCUGCCAUUCCUGGCUGGUGUCCUUGUUUUCUGUCCAAGGGAGCCCUCAGAUUUCUCCGUUAACAACCUUUUGUGCUUUAAAAAGGUGCAAACUUGGGGGUCAAGUACAGGAUGGAGAGAGCACCUUGAAUGGCAUUCACCUACAGCCCUGGUUCCCGAUGUGGGGCACACACCCCACAGGGGGGCAAUUUGAUUUUUACAGGGCAGCAAUUCGAGAAUGAGUUAUUCACAGUGAAUGGCCCUUUAGGCUUCCUCCAUGUGAAUAGGAGCUCACUUUUUGAAUAAUAAGAAUUACAUGUCAGGAUUUUAGAGAUGCUUAGGUGGGGCGUGGCCACAAAACGGCUGGGAGCCACUGACGCACAGGAUUAACGCCAUCUUGUCCCCACAGCAAGCCCUGGUGAUCCGGGAAGGGGAGAAGAACCAGAUCAAUGCGGAGAACGUGGUGGUCGGGGACUUGGUGGAGGUGAAAGGGGGAGACCGGGUUCCCGCGGACCUGAGAAUCAUCUCCUCGCAUGGCUGCAAGGUGAGGGCGACCAAGAGGGAAAUGGCACAAGGGAAGGCCCGGGGGGGAGGGGGAUAAAAAUCUAUGAUUUUAAAAAAUAAUAAUUCAGAUUUAUUUUUUUGAAUCAGAUUUUUAAAAUAAAAUGCUUUUGGAGGAAAAAUAUUUCUAGUUUUCUAUUUAAGAUACAUUAUAGUUCAAAGGCUAUUCAUCAAGAAAUAAGGAUUUGUUUUAAGUUUUUCAUGUGUGCUAAAACUCAGUCUAAGGUAUAUAUACACACACACACACACACACACACACACACACACAGUGGACAGUUGGGUUGUGAAUGUGAUCCGUGCAGGAGGCACGUUCGCAACCCACAACAUUCACAACCCACAGUAGCGCCUCUGCACAUGCUUGGGUUGCGAUUCGGCACUCAUGUGCAAAGCACAAUUUAGUGUUUCUGCACAUGCGCGACUGCCGAAACCCAGAAGUAACCCAUUCUAGUACUUCCGGGUUUCGGCAGGUGUGUAACCCGAAAAAACACAACCUGAAGCAGCCGUAACCCGAGGUAUGACUAUAAUUUUAUAUAUAUAUAUAUAUAUAUAUAAUGUUUUACCACAUCAGUUUACAAACAUGGAUACUAGAUACAAAAACAUGGAUAUGUUAUUGCUUUAGUUAAAUAAAUUGUUUAAAUUGUUACUAAGAAAAUGAUUGGUUUUCUCCUUCCGAUAAAGUGCAGCAGAAAAGUUGUCCAAAUAUAAACAGUUAACUUCUUAAACCUCACAAUAGUUUAAUAAUUAUCUGUCUAUGUAUUUCUAAUAGUAUAACCAAAUCAGUAAUUUUUGAUAUAACUGUAAAAACUACUCUGACAAUUUAUUAUUCCAAAAAUGAAACCUUUACCUAGUUGUAAAUAUUAAGAUUAUACUAGCAAGAAUAAGUCUUUCUGUAAAAAAAUAAUAAAAAAUAAAUAAAUCAAGUCUUACUGACUAGUGAUUUAAAUUGAUUUGAUUUAAAUUAAAUCCACCCUGGAAAGCCCAGCAGCGAGGUGCAAAAUAUAGAAUCAUAGAACUAUAGAGUUGGAAGUGAGACUCAUCUAGUCGCACUCCCUGCAAAACGCUGAAAUAAAUUAAAUCAUCAAACCAUCGAUUCUAGCAUGCGUGGGGCCACGUAAAUGAUAUAAUUUGGCAUCAGAAUGAUUAGUAACUGUAUUGUAAUUUGGCAUUGUUAUAAUGAGGCUAUUAUUGGAUUCUCGUAAUUGAAAACAAAUAAAAAUUGUUAUUUUUUUAAAAAUUGUUAUUUAUAAAAAGAAAAUAAAUGCAUAUGUUGCCUCUCAUGGAAGGAGGAGCAGGAUAUAAAACCAGCCGAUAAAUAUGUUCAAGAAAAUACACAAAAACCCACAUUGUGCAGCUUUUUCUGUUGUCUCGUGCAGGUGGAUAACUCCUCCCUGACGGGCGAGUCGGAACCACAGACCCGUUCUCCGGAGUUCACCCACGAGAACCCGCUGGAGACCCGGAACAUCUGCUUCUUCUCCACCAACUGCGUGGAAGGUGAAAGGGCAAGGGGGGGAUGGAGGGGGCGAGGAAAAUCAAGACCUGAUCCACCUCACCCCCCGGGAAGGUCAGACCUGGGCAUCAUAAUCUUUGCUGCCAGGCUGCAGGAAUCGCUGCCUCCGCCGUCCCCGGCCAUUCCCCAUGACACACUGAAUUGCACCCAGACCCUGCCCAGCUUAUUCAUUCAUUAAUUCAUCUAUUCAUUUGCUAGUUCGUGUCAAAAUUGAUCCAAUAGCAUAGCGGCAACAUGUCAGAGGGUGUGUGUGUGUGUGUGUGUGUGUGUGUGUGUGUGUGUGUGUACACACACACAUAUGCAAAUUUGAUGAAGAAAUUUACAUAUUUAUGUAUACACACACCAUAUUUUUCUCUCCAUAAGGCGCACCUCACCAUAAGAUGCACCAAGUUUUUAGAGGAGGAAUACAAGAAAAAAAAUAUUCUGAAUGAAACAGUUGAUGUAUGAUUUUUGAGGUUCAUGCUGUGGCCACAGACAUGUGAUCUGAUGGUGAAUUUGGGGUGACCCAAUGCAAAAAUCCUGAGGAUCCAUGUGCUUUUACUUUCCCACUCCCAGGCAGCCUCCUUUCUCUCUAGAGUCCCUUAUCUCUCUCCCUAAUCGCUUGCCGAUCAGCUGCUUCCUUUCAACACCCCCUUCCCCCUUGUUUGCCUUAGUGUCUUUUCCUCAGCUGGCGCAGUUUUUUGCUCCUCCUUUUCUUCUAAUUUCUCUCCUCAUUGUUUUAGCAUUCCUGUCUCCUCCUCUUGCAAGUUUGCUGUCUUUACCUCCCCCCUCCCAGGCAGCCUCCUUUAUCUCUAGCGUCCCUUAUCUCCCUCCCCAAUCUCUUGCUGAUCAGCGGCUUCCUUUCAACACCCACUUCCCUCUUUCAAAAAAAAUUAAAAAAUGAUCUGCUUUUCUCCCCUGGGCAAUUGGGCUCCAGGGACCACACCUUCGCUCCAUAAGACGCACAGACAUUUCCCCUUACUUUUUAUGCGGAAAAAGUGUGUCUUAUGGAGUGAAAAAUAUGUGUAUGUGUGUGUGUGUGUGUGUGUGUGUGUGUGUAUUCAAAUUUAAUGAAGAAAGAAGUGAAAGAGAAACCAAGGAGGGGAAGGAAUAAAAAAUAAAAUGUUGGGAGAGAAAGAUCACCUCUGAUCUUGUGGUCUGAACAUUCUUUCUUCCUGGCUGAUAUUCCCCACGGAAUUUAGGUAGGUUUCAAACCCGAUUCUGACAGGUAGCAUCAGAAUCUCAGCUUUACCUGAGCAACCCAGGAACCAGGCAUGCCCCAGAACAUAGGAAUAUAAAGAGAGUCUGGCUUCUGGAUCCGGCCGUCUAGGCUCACAUCCUGUUCUCACAGUAGCAAAAAGCCCCUCAGAACCCAGGGAUGUGGAUAGACUGCCUCUGGAGCUGGAGGUUCCAUAAGAUCUUAAGAGCCUGGCUUCUGGAUCAGGCCAAAGGGGGCCCAACUAGCCCAGGAUCCUGUCCUGAGAAAAGGCCCCAAAGGGAGCCCUGCAAGCAGGAUUCGAUCACAGCAGAAGUGGAAAAGAAACAAAGUUUUUAGGGAAGGGAAGUUUUAGUGUUUAGGGAAGUUUUUAAUGAUUGAUGUUUUAAUGUAUUUUUAAUCUCUGUUGGAAGCUGCCCAGAGUGGCUGGGGAAACCCAGCCAGAUGGGCAGGGUGCAAAUAAAUUAUUAUUAUUAUUAUUAUUAUUAUUAUUAUUAUUGCCCUCUUCCUUCUUGCGGUUUCCAGCAACUGGUAUUCAGAAGCAUCACUGCCUCUGAUGGGAGAGGCAGAGUAUAGCUAGCCCUCAAUACCCCCCUCCUCCUCCCCCCUGAGUUUGUCCAAUCCUCCUUUAAAGGAUCCUGUGGCAGGGAGUUCCACAGUUUAACCACGUGCUGUGUGAAGGAGCCGUGGUGCCCGGAUCCCAGGUUCGCCUGAGGAACACGGGUGCCAGGGACACCCCAGGAACCAGCAACCCCUCCCCAAUUUGGAGGAAAAAUAGACCUCUUCCCUUUCCCUCCCGUCCUGCGCAGGCACUGCCCGGGGCAUAGUCAUCUCGACCGGGGACCGGACGGUGAUGGGCCGCAUCGCCUCCCUGGCAUCCGGCCUGGAGGUGGGCCGCACCCCCAUCGCCAUGGAGAUCGAGCACUUCAUCCGCAUCAUCACCGGGGUGGCCGUCUUCCUGGGCCUCUCCUUCUUCAUCCUCUCCCUCAUCCUGGGCUACACCUGGCUGGAGGGCGUCAUCUUCCUCAUUGGCAUCAUCGUGGCCAACGUCCCCGAAGGACUCCUGGCAACCGUCACGGUAGGCUCAGAGCCAUAGCUGCCAACUUUGGGAUUUGAAAAUAAGGGAUCAGCAGCCUCUCCUGUCCCGGAGACAGUCUACGGGAUAUCUAACGAUCCGGGAGAGCAGCGGGAAACAGCGCUGGAAUAAGGGAAUUUCCCGCAAAAAAAGGGAAGGUUGACAGCUAUGCUCAGAACUAGGUUCUGUGGGGUGCUGGGGCACUGUGGAAAAGGAGGGCAACAAUUUACAGUGGUACCUUGCAGUGGCGAAGCUGCAUGCUCCGCUACCAGGGAUGGAGAGCAGGCGCGGGCAUGGCUGGCACCCCCAGAGGGUGUGGUUGUGCCCAGGGGUGUGGUGCGUGCCCGGAAGUGUGGUAUGCCACCUGCGAGGGCAUGGUGUGCCAUCCACAGGGGUGUGGAGCGUGUUCUGGGGGCGUGGCACCCAGAGUGGCUGGGGAAACUCAGCCAGAUGGGUGGGGUAUAAAUAAAUUAUUAUUAUUAUUAUUAUUAUUAUUAUUAUUAUUAUUAUGUCUGUGGGUGCGUGGUGCCUGGCGCCCGGUGGGGUGUGUGGCAUUUGUCGGGGGGGCCACCGUGAUGGCACCCUACCAGAAUAGUGGUGCCAAGGGGCUGUCCGCUCCCUCUGCACCCCCGUUCCUCUGCCAGUGGUACCUCGGUUUAUGAACUUAAUCCGUUCUGGAAGUCCAUUCUUAAACUGAAACCGUUCUUCAACCGAGACACGCUUUCCCUUAUGAGGCCUCCCACUGCCAGUGCCAUUCCACUGUUUGGAUUCCGUUCUUGGACUGAAGUAAAGUUCACAAACCGGGAUACUACAGUCAUACCUCAUGUUACAUCCGUUUUAUGUUACGUUUUUUCAGAUUACGUCCCACGGCGACCUGGAAGAACCGGAAAGGGUUACUUCCAGGUUUCGCUGCUCACGCAUGCGCAGAAGUGCAAAAUGACAUCACGUGCAUGCACAUAAGUGGCGAAUUGCAACCCGCAUGUGCGCAUAUGCGCCACUGCAGGUUGUGUUCUUUUCAUUUUGUGAACGGACCUCUGGAACGGAUCCCGUUCGCAACCAGAGGUACCACUGUACUUCGGUUUGUAAACUGAAUCGUUCUUAAACAGGGCUGUUCUUAAACCGAGGUACCACUGUAUCUGGAGGGGUGUAAAAUGUUUCCCCAAACCUGCCCUAGAGGAAUGUUCCCAGAAUGGAGGCAGGAUAUGCUUCCAAAAACCAGUGGCUGGAAAACAAAGGAGGGAAAAGGGCUUUCGUGCCCAGAUCCCGCGGACGGGUUUCCCCAAAGGGGCACCUGGCUGGCCACUGUGAAGACUCUCCCUUUUUCCAAUCCUUGCCUGACCCUCUCCCCGCCGCCCGGCAGGUGUGCUUGACCCUGACCGCCAAGCGCAUGGCCCGCAAGAACUGCCUGGUGAAGAACCUGGAGGCCGUGGAGACGCUGGGCUCCACCUCCACCAUCUGCUCCGACAAGACGGGGACCCUCACCCAGAACCGCAUGACCGUGGCCCACAUGUGGUUUGACAACCAGAUCCACGAGGCAGACACCACCGAGGACCAGUCCGGUAAGCGGGGACAGGAGGGAGGCCACAUGGGGAAAGAGCUGCUGUUGGGAAGCAGGGUGGGAGGGGAGUUGGUCUGGGGUGCCCCCGUGACCCCCCAGCUUUCAAAUCAGGACUGAACCCCUUUCCCUCCAGAGUGUCUGGAGGUGGUUGGAGGAUGGAUGGCGGCUAACGGAUUGAGGUUGAAUCCUGGCAAGACAGAAGCACUGUUCUUGGGGGACAGGAGGCGGGCAGGAGUGGAGGAUUCCCUGGUCCUGAGUGGGGUCACUGUGCCCCUGAAGGACCAGAUGUGCAGCCUGGGAGUCAUUCUGGACUCACAGCUGUCCAUGGAGGCACAGUUCUUCCCUGUGUUCAGGGUAGAUGUUUAUCAGCUCCAUCUGGUACGCAGGAUGAGACUCUACCUGCCCGCAGACUGUCUCGCCAGAGUGGUGCAUGCUCUGGUUAUCUCUCGCUUGGACUACUGCAAUGCACUCUAUAUGGAGCUACAUAGAGUGGCACAGAAGGUGGCACAGAAACUACAACUAAUCCAGAAUGCGGCAGCCAGACUGGGGACUGGGAGCAGCUGCCGAGACCACAUAACACCGGUCCUGAAAGACCUACACUGGCUCCCAGUACGUUUCUGAGCACAAUUCAAAGUGUUGGUGUUGACCUUGAAAGCCCUAAACAGCUUCGGUCCAGUAGACCUGAAGGAGUGUCUCCACCCCCAUCGUUCUGCCCAGACAUUGAGGUCCAGGGCUGAGGGCCUUCUGGUGGUUCUCUCAGUGCGAGAAGUGAGGUUACAGGGAACCAGGCAGAGGGCCUUCUCGGUGGUGGCGCCCUCCCUGUGGAACGCCUUCCCACCAGGUGUUAAAGAGAAUAACAACUACCAAACUUUUAGAAGACAUCUGAAGACAGCCCUGUUUAGGGAAGCUUUUAAUGUUUAAUAGGUUAUUGUAUUUUAGUGUUCUGUUGGAAGCCGCCCAGAGUGGCUGGGGAAGCCCAGCCAGAUGGGUGGGGUAUAAAUAAAUAAAUUAUUAUUAUUAUUAUUAUUAUUAUUAUUAUUAUUAUUAUUAUUUUUCCCCCUGCCCCACCUCACAGGCACCCAGGAAUCCAAUAAUAACAGUCUAAAACACAGCGUGUUCUCUCCCACCCCCCGUAGGUUAACUCAAAUAUUUAUGGGUGGGGUGCUGGCAACCAGGCAGCCCCAUCCCAUGCUCCCACUUUGGGGCAUAGCUGUCAACUUUCCCCUUUUUUUAAGGGAAAUUCUCUUAUUCCGGAUAGGAUUCCUCGCAAGAAAAGCGAAAAGUUGGCAGCUAUGCUUUGGGGACUAAUUGUUACCACCUGUCUGAGGACCCAGUGGUACCUGCUCACAGUAUCAGCCCCCCCCCCCCCCGCCAUACUCCGCUCUUCAAAUAACUCUGACCCCCCCCCCGUUCUCUCCCCCCAGGAGCCACGUUUGACAAGCGCUCGCCCACAUGGACGGCCCUGGCCCGGAUCGCCGGCCUCUGCAACCGGGCCGUCUUCAGAGCAGGGCAGGACAAGGUCCCCAUCUCAAAGGUACGGGGGGGGGCAGCAGAGGGAGGUCGGAUUCAGCCUCCAGAAAGCCUGGGAAGAACUCGGUGGCCCCCGCAAGGCAGGGCUGGACCGAUUGUUAAACCACCCUGGGAAUUGUAGCUCUGGGGUCUCAUCUUCCGUUCCAAGUUGGUGGCGCGUUCAUACGCUGCGGCUCUGAGCUCCGUGUAAUCUCACUGUAUACAAGUUGUACAAGUGACAAUAAAGUAUUUCAAUUUCAAUUUAUUUCGAUUUCCUAAUGGCUCUCUGCACCCUUAAUGAACUACAGUUCCCAGAGAUUCUUUGCAGAAAGCCAUGACUGGCGAAAGUGGUAUCAUAGCGCUUUAAAUGUGAAUGUGGCCCUACAGUUCCCAGAGUUCCCUGGGAAGAAGGGUUGGCUGUUGAGCCACUCUGGGAAUUAUAGCGCUGGGAGGUGGAAUUGGGGGGGGGGGGGUUCUUAAUGACUCUCUGCACCCUGAACAAGCUACAGUUCCCGGGAUUCUUUGGAGGAAGCCUUAAAAUGCUUAAAGUGGGGUGGUAGCUCUUUGCAUGAGUGGUGCAGACGGGGCUAAGACCUCACCGACCCCUUACUUGCCCUCUUGUUUCAAAUUGCACCGUUGCAUGUGGAGCCAACAGAGGAGAUUUCCCUCCAGGCCACAGUGGGGGCGGGCAGUAGACUUCCUCCCCUGACCCCCUUCCUUCCUUCCUUCGCCCCUCUCUCUCCGCCAGAGGGACACGGCUGGGGACGCCUCAGAGUCCGCCCUUCUGAAAUGCAUUGAGCUCUCCUGUGGGUCCGUCAAGAAGAUGCGCGACAGGAACCCCAAAGUGACGGAGAUCCCUUUCAACUCCACCAACAAAUACCAGGUUGGGCGUGUGUGGCAGUGGUGGUGCAGUGGUUAGAGCAUGGGUAGGCAACCUAAGGCCCGGGGGCCGGAUUCAGCCCAAUCGCCUUCUCAAUCCGGCCCAUGGAUGGUCUGGGAAUCAGCGUGUUUUUAAAUGAGUAGAAUGUGUCCUUUUAUUUAAAAUUCAUCUCUGGGUUAUUUGUGGGGCAUAGGAAUUCAUUCAUAUUUUUUUUCAAAAUAUAGUCUGGCCCACCACAAGAUCUGAGAGGCAGUGGACCGGCCCCCUGCUGAAAAAGUUUGCUGACCCCUGGGUUAGAGUGUUAGGCUAGGACUUGGGGAAGAUGCGGGUUCGAAUCCCCCUUGGCCAUGAAGCUCACUGGUUUGUGACCUGGGGGGGGGGCAGCCCCCGCCCCUAGAAUCAUAGAAUCAUAGAGUUGGAAGAGACCACAAGGGCCAUCGAGUCCAACCCCCUGCCAAGCAGGAAACACCAUCAGAACACUCCUGACAUAUGGUUGUCAAGCCUCUGCCUAAAGACCUCCAAAGAAGGAGACUCCACCACACUCCUUGGCAGCAAAUUCCACUGUCAAACAGCUCUUACUGUCAGGAAGUUCUUCCUAAUGUUUAGGUGGAAUCUUCUUUCUUGUAGUUUGGAUCCAUUGCUCCGUGUCCGCUUCUCUGGAGCAGCAGAAAACAACCUUUCUCCCUCCUCUAUGUGACAUCCUUUUAUAUAUUUGAACAUGGCUAUCAUAUCACCCCUUAACCUCCUCUUCUCCAGGCUAAACAUGCCCAGCUCCCUUAGCCGUUCCUCAUAAGGCAUCGUUUCCAGGCCUUUGACCAUUUUGGUUGCCCUCUCAGCCUAACUUACCUCACACUGGACACAUGAGGGUGGGUGGGGGGCUGUCACAGUCUCCAUAUCCUUGGGGCUACAGGUGGUUUUCACAGUUUCCCAAUUUUAUUGCGUCUGCCCCUGUUUUUAUACUGCUGGGUAUUGGCAUUUUUUAAAAUCAGGAAAACCCCUAAGCCACUGCAGGGACCUUUGGACUGAACAGCAUUUUAAAAAAUGAAGUUUGAAAGUUAAUAAAGCAAGUCUUUGCUUUGCCUUGGAGCUCAGAGGGGUCAGUCCCCAAAGGCAGAGACUAGGAAAAGCUCCAUGAAACAAGAUCAGAAUAAUGACGCCCCUUUUUUAAACUGGGAUUUCUCCUGUUAACUCCAAAUCUGUUCAUUCAACCCACUGCUAUGAGUGAAAUGGCUGUGAGGGUCUGCUAGAGGGGGCCAGAGCUCAGCUUAACGGCAGAGGGGGGUUCAGGACCGUCAAAAAGACCCCCACCCCUUUGCAGUCUUCAGUUCACACAUGAAUUUUUGUCUCCUGGAUUCAGCCUGAUAGUCAGAGCUGAGGUGGCGUUCCUUGUACAGCCACCACCUCUGAAGCCAGGAGGGCCGGGUUCGCCUCACUGGGCUUUUAAGAGCCACUGAGAGCUGUGUUUUCAAUCUGGGGAAACUCUGUGCUCAAAGGAAGUCAGACUAUCCUCCACCAGGCCAGGGCCUUCUCAGUGGUGGCUCCGACCUGGUGGAAUGCUCUGUCCCACGAGACCAGGGCCCUGCAGGAUUGAACUUCCUUCCACAGGGCCUAUAAGGCAGAUCUAUUCCACCUGGCUCUCAAUUUGAACUUAGCCUGAUCUUUUAUUCCCCUCCCUUUCCCCUUUUUUUGAAGAUUCCCCGCUCUGGGAUCCCACAGCUAAUUCUCCCCUGGUCUCCUCACUGGCCCAAACAGGAAUAAUUUAGCCAGCUAGCCCUGGGGAUCAUCUAAUGUUUAUUGGGUGGAUUCCCCCCCUAAAUUGAUUUUUGAAUCCUGAAUUUAUUUUAAUUCACGUUUUAUACUGUAUUUUAUGCUGUUUUUUUGUUGCAUCAAUUAAGUGUUUUAAAUUUGUUGUUAGCUGCCCUGAACCUGGUUUUCUGAACCCGGAAGGGCAGGGUAUAAAAAAAUAUAUAUAUUUAUUAUUUAUUUAAAUGCUGAAGUGCAGCAGGAGCACAGGCGCAUAUUUCACGGCAGGGACAAAGGGCAUCACAGACGCCGUCCAGAGGAGCUCUGCUAGUUGUCCCCUGUGUGACAGAGGAGUGUUGCUGCUCCCACGCAGAGAGGCGGCAGACACCCUCUUGCGUUUGACUUUCAGACAUCUCCCAAAUGCCUUUUGGGGCUAACUGGCCUGUCUGAGCCUCUCUCUUUUUGACCACUCAUGUUACCGAUUGUUUUGUACUGUUUUUAACUCUGCACAGCGCCCUAAUAUUUCAAUACAGUCAUACCUUGGGUUACAGCCGCUUCAGGUUGUGUGUUUUCGGGAUAUGGACGCGCCGAAACCCGGAAGUACCGGAACGGGUUACUUCUGGGUUUCGGCACUCACGCAUGCACAGAAGCACUAAAUUGUGCUUUGCACAUGCACAGAAGCGUUGAAUCACAACCUGCGCGUGCGCAGAUGCAGCGCUGCAGGUUGCAAACAUGCCUUGCAACCCAAGCGUCCACUGUAUAUAAACAAUGGCAUAGAAAUCCUUUUACAAAUAAAAGUUGGUUUUAUUCAGGAACCCCAAGUAAAGAAUCCCUGGCAUUUGGCCCCCCAAGAGCCCCUUUGGCUUCAGAAUAGACCUCCACUCAGAUACCUCUCUUCCUCAGCUCUCCAUCCAUGAGCUGGAAGACAAGCCCAACGGCUACGUUCUGGUGAUGAAGGGAGCCCCUGAGAGGAUCCUUGACCGCUGCUCCAACAUCCUCUUGCAAGGCCAGGAGGUGCCCCUUGACGAGGAGAUGCGAGACGCCUUCCAGAACGCCUACCUGGAGCUGGGGGGGCUGGGCGAGAGAGUGCUGGGUAAGGAGGCCUGGGAGGUGGGGAAAGGGGGGGGUGGGAGUGAGUGUGCCCCAGAGAGGCAAAGAAAGCACAUGAUGAAUGCAUGUGGGUCUCUCAAAUGGAGUGCGAUGACUAUUGUGAGAGUUUAGAAACUAACAGCAACUUCUGACACCACGUUGCACUAUUGCUCAGGGAAAUUAUGGCAGAAAUUGCCAGCGUUUGCUCCUUUGUUCUAUGCCUGGAACAGAAAUCAUUCCACUGGAUACAACCAACGUUCGCUGUUGUUGUUUUCAAAUUGAAACAAUAAGUCAUUGAUUACCGUAGUUUUCGCUCUAUAAGACGCACCAGACCAUAAGACACACCUCUUGCUGUUCUGGCUUAUGGGAUAGCCGCGCAAAGCCUCUUCCGGGCAGUGGGAGGAAGGCUCCCCCAAGAGCCGUGCUCCCUUUAAAGAGCCAUGUGGAGCGUGCAUGCGGCUCUUGGGGGCUUUUCCCCAAGGAGGGAGAAGGGCAGCCAUUCUCCCUCUUCAGGGAAAAGUUCCCAAGAGCCACACACAUGCUCCACGUGGCUCUUUAAAGGGAGCGCUGAGCAGAGCCUCCCGCCUGCAUUCGCUCCAUAAGACGCAUACACAUUUCCCCUUACUUUUUAGGAGGGGAAAAGUGCGUAUUAUAGAGCGAAAAAUACGGUAUUUUUCCCUGCAUUGCGCUUCAUAGAAUUGUAGUGUUGGUAAUCCAGACCAACCCCCUGCAAUGGAGGAAUCACAGCUAAAGAAUGCUGUAUUGUUUUUAACACUCAAUUGGAAGCCGCCCAGAGUGGCUGGGGAAACUCAUCCAGAUGGGCGGGGUAUAAAUAAUAAAUUAUUAUGAUUAUUAUUAUUAUUAUUAUUAGUAUUAUUAUUAUUAUUAUUAAAGAAGGAUCCCUGACAGGUGGCUGUCCAGCCUCUGUUUAGCCCGUUCCGCUGUUGAACAGCUCUUGCCAUCAGGAAGUUAUUCCUUUACAUUCAAACAAAGGGUGCAUAAUAACACAAUAACGUAUUUAAUUACAUAAAAAAACCCCGCCACUGUCAACAUCAAGACAGAUAACAUUGUUUUAUUGCCCAAAGGCAAACUGCAGCACAGUGGAAACAGAUGCAGAGGGGGAGAUGGCUACGAGGUGGGGUGGGCUGCUGGCAACGGAGCUUUCUCUCUGUUGGGGAGCAGAGUGGGCGAGUUCUUGGGUCUCACUCUCCCUCGGUCCGUCUCCGCAAUCCCACAGGUUUCUGCCAUUACAACCUCCCCGAAGACCAGUUCCCCCGAGGCUUCAAGUUUGAUGCGGACGAAGUCAACUUCCCCACCAGCAACCUCUGCUUUGUGGGGCUCAUGUCCAUGAUUGACCCGCCUCGGGCCGCUGUGCCGGAUGCCGUGGGGAAGUGCCGGAGCGCCGGGAUUAAGGUCAGCCAUGCUGGGGAGAGUCUUCUGCCCUCCUGCUCCCCACCCCAUACACCCCAGAGAAAGAAAAGCCGGACUAAGGCCUAGGAGGCGAAUCCCCCACUUGGUUGUUGGCCACCACUGCCUCUUGUGACAGAAGGAGGACUUUAGGGUUACCAGGUGUCCCCAGUUCCCGGGGACAGUCCCCAGAUUUGCAGAUCUGUCCCCAGAAACAUGGCAGCGGCAGUCUCAGCAGCCUGGAGCCAGCCUGAUAGCGGUGUUGGAUCUGGCUGGCUUCAGGAGCUGCUCGCUGCCAUGGCGUCCGCCAUUUUGCCUCACCAGAAGUCCCCAUAUGAUGUGUCUUGUGCAAUGGUGCACUGCCUGCCCGUGAUUCCCAAGCCUCCCCUGUUCUCCUGCCCCCUUCCACCUUUGUUUUGACUGAUUGGGGGAGGCUCGGGAGUCGUAGCCGGCCAUUGCCCAGUUUUUUAAAAACUCUGUGCAUUUAUGUUUCACAGGGUGGGGAAGAAGGGCUUUGCACCUUGCCCGGCAGUGAAACCGUGUGCCUUGCACCCCUCCUGGGCAACGGCCACCUGCCCGUGACUCCUGAGCCUUCCCUGAUCUGUCAAAACAAAGGGGGAAGGGAGCAGUAGAUCGGGGAAGGCUUGGGGGUCACGGGUGGUGGCGCACCAUUGCACAGUUUUUUAAAAACACUGUGCAUUUAUGUUUCACAGGGUGCAAAAAAGGGGCUUUGCACCUUUAUACAAUAUGCAUGUGUGCUUGGGCCCAGGGUCUUUUGCCUCACCAUCCCCACUACUGAUUCUUUGUUGCUACUCAGCUUCCAAAAAAAAAGAAGUGUCCCCUGAUUCAUUGAAGAAAAUCUGGUAACCAUACACUUUAUCUCUCCUGCAUCUUGCAACCUUUGGCUCCACUGGAUGAGGGUUUUGUCCUGAUUGCUGCGUCUGCCCCUGUUCCCCCAGGUGAUUAUGGUGACCGGCGACCACCCCAUCACCGCCAAGGCCAUUGCCAAGGGGGUGGGCAUCAUCUCUGAGGGGAAUGAGACGGUGGAGGACAUCGCUGACCGCCUCAACAUCCCCGUCAACCAGGUCAACCCCAGGUAGGCCGGCACUUCCUCUUUUUUUUAAGAAUAAUUUUGUAUUAACCGACCAAUCACAUCAAAUCAAACCAAAUUACAUCAAUUCCAAAUUACACAGCCGAAUUUUAAAUUUUUGUUGGGGGUACCCAUAUUUCAAGUUCCGAAUAAUUUCUUGUUUCUUACUGCUGUUUUAAUGUCCACAAAUCUAACCUUAUGAUGUUCACAGUACUAUCCAGUCCUUUCUUAUUGUUUUUCCACAUCUCUUGUUGUUAUUUUCAUAUAUUUUUCCUUUCUCUUUCUCUUUGUGACCUCUGAUAGUCUCCACAAGCUGGUUAGAACAGUUUGUAAUCCUGCGUGGAUAUUUUUUUUUUUUUAUCCAGUAGCCAUAUCCAGACGUUUUCCAUAUAACAUCGCUUCCAUACAUCCAAACAGUCUUAGUGUCAUUAAUCUUCACCAAUCUGCCUCCUUUCUCAAAACCUCUGAGGAGAUUCACUAGGAAUGCAGUCUGAAAACAAGUCCGUUCUUCCUCCCGGCUAUAAAUCCUUUGGCAAGAUGGCAACUCUGAAUUAAUUGCUGCGCCAUUCCCAAAAGCUCUUUUGCUUCUCGAUCUCCAUAAAGUAUACUUUUGGUUAAAGUUUAUCUCCACACAGACCUUAAUCAUCCUGCUUGGGUCAGUUCAACCGACGAUUCUAAUGAGGAGGGGUUCUUGUAAAUCACAUAGAAGGAAAGUAAAAAAGGUCCUCCCCCCAUUCAGUCCCGUUGUCAACAUACCCAGCCUUUGGUGUAUCUUCAUCCUAAAAUAUUCCUGUUUCUCCAACCCGUCGUCUUCUUUCGCAGAGGUCACUUAAAUUAGCAGACUUCACUCCCCUUCUUCACUUGAAAUAUGUGCAUUUGCUUCUUUUGUAAUUAAUUAUUCCAAAUUGCUGCAGCUAGUGCGCGAUCAGAGACAGCGUCCAGGAGAGCCGAGGUCCACACGGGGCAUUCUGCCUAGGGCCCUCACCCCCUUCUUUCGAAUUAGGGGGUGAUUUAUGGGCACAGCAGGCAAGGGCAGUGUUCCCCAUUUCCUUGGGGCAACAAGGGAGGCUGCCUACUCCCAUAACAGCCUCUUAAUUACCCCGUGUGGGUCGGAGAGAUGGUAUUGUCGGCCAUCUUCCAAUGCGCCCCCUAGUGGCCCCCCAGGUAGGCCGGCACUUCCAUCCCUGGGCAGCCCCCGCUUCCCCUCCUGCCUCCUCCAACCAGGUAUCUCGUGGGCUUCCUUCACCAAUGUGGAGAGCCAGUGUGGUCUAGUGGUUAAGAGCGGUGGACUCAUAAUCUGGUGAACUGGGUUUGCUUUCCUGCUCCUCCACAUGCAGCUGCUGGGUGACCUUGGGCCAGUCACACUUCUCUGAAGUCUCUCAGCCCCACUCACCUCCCAGAGUGUUUGUUGUGGGGGAGGAAGGGAAAGGAGAAUGUUAGCCGCUUGGAGACUCCUUAGGGUAGUGAUAAAGUGGGAUAUCAAAUCCAAACUCUUCUUCUUCCUCCCUGGCCCCCUCUCCUCGUAGGGAAGCCAAGGCUUGUGUGGUCCAUGGAUCGGACCUCAAAGACAUGACCUCUGAGCAGCUGGACGAGAUCCUCAAGAACCACACGGAGAUCGUCUUUGCCCGCACCUCCCCGCAGCAGAAGCUCAUCAUCGUGGAAGGUUGCCAGAGGCAGGUGAGGCAGAUGCUCUGUUUUCGUUUUUUGCCAGGUACGCAAUAAUUGUAUGUUAUUGUUUACCAAUGCUAUUUGCCAGUUUGCAAGGGGAACCCACUCUGAGUCCUUCCAGGACCUUGCUGUUAAGAGCCUGGAUACCUGGAUAAGAGUAUAGUAAUAGUAAUAUUCUCUCCUGUGAAAAGAUUGAGGAAAGCCAGGUCCGGACAUUUAGAGAUAUUUUCCCUAGGGGUUGCUUUAUAUGACCCUUCAAUGAUCAUCAGAGACCUUUUGCCAUGUGCCUCCUAUGCGAGAGACAGGAGAGUGGCAACAUGAGAAGGGGCCUUUUCUGUGGUGGCCCCCCAUUUGUGGAAUGCUCUCUCAGUGAGACUUGCUUGGCACCUUCACCACAUAUCUUUAGGUGCCAGGCGGAAACAUGUCUUCGGCACCUGGCCAUUGCCUGAUUAAACAAUCAUUGGCCUUUUAAAUGCAUUUGUGGAAGAAGGGUUAUUGAUUUGUUUCUGUUUUAUUAGGUAUUUUGUGGUCUCAUUUUGUAUUUUCAUUUUGUGAACUGCCCUGUGAUCUUCAGUUAAAGGGUGCAUACAAAUUUUAAUAAUAAUAAUAAUAAUAAUAAUAGUAGUAGUAGUAGUAGUAGUAGUAAUACAGUCAUACCUCAGGUUACAGACGCUUCAGGUUGCGUUUUUUUGGGUUACAGACCCGCUGAAACACGGAAGUACCAGAACGGGUUACUUCCGGGUUUCGGGGGUCGCACAUGUGCAAAAGUGCUAAAUUGCGCUUUGCACAUGCACAGAAGCACCGAACUGCAACCCGUGUGUGCGCAGAUGCAGGUUGUGAACGCAGCGGGUUGCGAACGUGCAUCCACUGUAAUAAGAAUAGCAACAACAAUAAUAACAAUAAUAUUUGGGUCAGUGCUUCCUGAGCCACUUUCCCCCAUGUCUACCACAUAUAUCAGACACAGUAGAUCCUAUCAUUCUGCACCUUCUCCCAACGUCUGGCGCUGACCCCCAUUCCCCCUCCUGUUCUUCAGGGGGCCAUCGUGGCCGUGACCGGGGACGGGGUGAACGACUCGCCCGCCUUGAAGAAGGCCGACAUAGGCAUCGCCAUGGGAAUCGCUGGCUCCGAUGUCUCCAAGCAGGCUGCGGACAUGAUCCUCCUGGACGACAACUUCGCCUCCAUCGUUACGGGGGUGGAGGAAGGUGGGUGGAAGGGGCGCCGAGUCGAGCCAGGAGGCCCUGCUGCCCCUCUUUCGCCCGUCCCUCUAACCCCCUUGCCCCAUAUGUGCCUACCCAACUGAUUUAUCUGUUUUGUUUAGGCAAGCCUGUCCAGGCGUGUAGAAUUGCUGGUGUAUGUUUUCAUUCAUUUUUACUUUAUUGCUGAUUUUGUCUUUUGAAUGUUUUAAAGAGCUGCUUUUACUGGUGGUUUUAUUAUUUCAUUAUCUUGUAAAUCACUUUGACGGUGGUUUGUUUGUUUUUACAAUUAAGAGGUGUAUAAAUUUUAUGAAACAAACAAACGACCGGCGCCUCCAUCCUCUGCCCGGCAGGUCGCCUGAUCUUUGACAACCUGAAGAAGUCCAUUGCCUACACCCUGACCAGCAACAUUCCAGAGAUCACCCCUUUCCUGCUCUUCAUCAUCGCCAACAUCCCUCUUCCCCUGGGCACCGUCACCAUCCUCUGCAUCGACCUGGGCACAGACAUGGUGAGCGUCACCAGGGCCCAGGGAGGGGGGCAGGAGACAAAAAAGGUUGCAUUAAAACAAAAUAUUGUGCUACAUUGGACGCGGGUGGUGCUGUGGGUUAAACCACAGAGUCUCUAGGACUUGUCGAUCAGAAGGUUGGCGGUUCGAAUCCCCGCGACGGGGUGAGCUCCCGUUGCUCGGUCCCUGCUCCUGCCAACCUAGAGUUCGAAAGCACAUCAAAGCGCAAGUAGAUAAAUAGGUACCGCUCCGGUGGGAAGGUAAACGGUGUUUCAUUGCGCUGCUCUGGUUCACCAGAAGUGGCUUAGUCAUGCUGGCCACGUGACCCGGAAGCUGUACGCCGGCUCCCUCGGCCAGUAAAGCGAGAUGAGCGCCACAACCCCAGAGUCGGUCACGACUGGACCUAAUGGUCAGGGGUCCCUUUACCUUUUUAAUGACAGUAAAGAAUCAUCUCAAAACUUGUUCUGAUAUAAGUGCUUGCCAGAGAGCAGAGGCAGCCCCAUGCUUCGUCCCCACCCAAACACUAUGAGCGCCGCAACCCCAGAGUCGGCCACAACUGGACCUUCCAGCCAAGAGAGGACAAAGGGACUGUCUCCUUAUGAGAUAGUUUCCAGGUGUAUGUAACUUUUCUAAGCUAAGUCUGCCUUCUGGGAUCCAACUGUGAACAGAAUGUGAGUGAGUAAACUCUUUUUAUGCUUUUAUAGAAGACUGUGUCGCAUCUUAUCUUUUAUGAGGGAAUAAGGGGAAAAUACCAGAACAGUUAUUGUAGAGACUUUAGCGAGCCUGAGCAAACACAUCCGCUGUGAGUUUAAAGGGGGGAAUGUUACUCUGCUAAAUUGUGAACUUGUUAACACAAGUUGGAAAGGCUAUAAUCAAACAAUAUAUCCUCUCCUGCAUCCCUGAACAUUCCCACAUAUAUUUCAUAGCAGCUCAUUCCAGUCAUCCACGAAACUCUGAAAUCGAACCCUAGAGCUUGCAGAGGUUGGGGGGGGGGGAGAUCUUGCUCAAAUGCCGGCUCUGAAAAAAACCCUGUGUGGGUUUUCAGUCAAGAGCACUUCUCCCACAAACACGGGGAUCAUCCCCAAAAUAUAAACAGGACCCCCUCCACAGCCUUAUAUCUGUUUCUGGUUCUUGCUGCCCCACUGAAAUUCGCACCCCGCCGCUCCUUCUCCCUUAGGUGCCGGCCAUCUCCCUGGCUUACGAGGCUGCGGAGAGCGACAUCAUGAAGAGGCAGCCGAGGAACCCCAAGACGGACAAGCUGGUGAACGAGCGUCUCAUCAGCAUGGCCUACGGGCAGAUCGGUGAGGGGCCUGGCACAUAUCAGCAGGAGAAGCCCAGUUUCCAGCCCACAGACUGGGGGAUAAGAAGGGGCAGUCCAGGGGAAGCGCUGUAGAUGCCACCAUGCCACUAUGGUUAGAGUAUAGGACUAGCACCGGGGAGAGACCUGGGUUCAAAUCCCCACUCGGCCCUGAAGUUUCCUGGGUGUGAACUUGGCCAGUCACUGCCUCUCUUAGCCUAACCUACCUCACAAGGUUGCUGUUGUGGGGACUAAAUGAAAAGGGGGAGAGAACCACACACAUCAACUUGAGCUACUUGGAGGGAAAAGGGUGAGGCAUAAAUGUCAUAAAUCAGUGGUUUAUCAAUUAGCUAAGCAUUGCAGACCCCCUGUUUUUUAAAAGCCAAGCCAUGGGCGCCAUACUUUUUUUGGGGGGGGGGGAAUUGAUAUCUCUGUGGUAGCCACAGACCACCCCGCUGGGGUCUGCAGAUCACCAGUUUGGAACCACUGUCCUAAAUCAAUAUUGCAGAUGGGGCACUACAGAGACAGACACAGCUGCCAGUAACACAACAACGUUAUGUCAUAAAAAGCAUAAUAUCACUAGAAUGUAACACUAUGACCAAGCUGGUAAUUUAGUAUCUAUCAACAUUUAAGCAAAAUAGGGUAGGUCAAGAAAAAGAGAGUCCAAUGACUUCACACUCGAAAGGAGCCCCAAAGCUGAAUACCUUCACAGGCUGUGAUUUAGCUGAUUCCUACAUUGCAGAGGAAGGGGACACAGGUAGUGCUGUGGGAUAAACCACAGAGCCUGGGCUUGCCGAUCAGAAGGUCGGCGGUUCGAAUCCCCGCAACGGGGUGAGCUCCCGUUGCUCAGUCCCUGCUCCUGCCAACCUAGCAGUUCGGAAGCACAGCAAAGUGCAAGUAGAUCAAUAGGUACCACUCCGGCGGGAAGGUAAACGGCGUUUCCGUGCGCUGCUCUGGUUCGCCAGAAGCGGCUUGGUCAUGCUGGCCACAUGACCCGGAAGCUGUGCGCCGGCUCCCUCGGCCAAUAAAGCGAGAUGAGCGCCACAACCCCAGAGUUGUCUGCAACUGCACCUAAUGGUCAGGGGUCCCUUUACCUUUACAUUUUACAGGGGGUUGGACUAGAUGACUCUUGGAGUCCCUUCCAAACCUAUAGUUCUGUGAUUCUAUGAACUUCCACACACACAAAAAAUUUUAUGCCUAGCCAAAAACUUGACCAUCUCUUUUGAGUUCCUUAUUAACUUGAAUUCUCUUAAUGAUUUGUUUUUUAUGUUUUUCUUGUGAACUCCUUACUCAGGGUCCCUAGGGCUUGCUAUGGGGAGGCAGGUGGAAACCACCCCCCACCCACCCCAUGGCAAACACAGACAGCCUCUCUCUCCUGCCGCCUCCGUCCUCCCCUUCUGCAGAUUCUGCCCAGAAGGGGCAGGCAGCCCCUGAGGUCCCCUGGCGCUUCCUGCUGGCAGAGCUUUGCUCAGGUGCCCCUCAGGAGGAAUGACUCUCUCCCUCCCUCCCUCCCUCUCCCCUCCCCCCCCCAGGUAUGAUCCAGGCCCUUGGGGGCUUCUUCACUUAUUUUGUCAUCCUGGCCGAAAAUGGAUUCCUCCCCUCCACCUUGCUGGGCAUCCGCUUGGACUGGGACGACCGCUCCAAAAACGACCUGGAAGACAGCUAUGGGCAGGAGUGGGUGAGUGGGGAGCCCUUGUUGAGGGGGCUUCUGAAUGGAGAUGCAACAUCAUCCCUCUUCCUCAUUUUAAAGAUUUUUUCUUUUAAUUUUAAUUUACAUCAUAGCUUAGAAGUCCCGGGUCCUAAGGAAGUCAGACUAUCCUCCGCCAGGGCCAGGGCCUUCUCAGUGAUGGCUCCGACCUGGUGGAAUGCUCUGUCCCAGGAGACAAGGGCCCUGCAGGAUUUAACCUCUUUCCGCAGGGCCUGUAAGACAGAGCUAUUCCGCCUGGCUUUCAAUUUGAACUUAGCCUGAUCUUUUAUUCCCCUUCCUUUCCUUCCCACCCCUUCCCCUUUUUAUGACGAUUCCCCGCUCUGGGAUCCCACAGCUAAUUCUCCCCUGGUCUCCUCGCUGGCCCAAAUAGGACUAAUUUAGCCAGCUAGCCUUGGUGAUCAUCUAAUGUUUAUUGGAUGGAUUUCCCGCCUAAAUUGAUUUUUGAAUCCUGAAUUUAUUGUUAUUCACGUUUUAUACUGUAUUUUAUGCUGUUUUCUGUUGCAUCAAUUAAGUGUUUUAAAUUUGUUGUUAGCCGCCCUGAGCCCAUUUUCUGAACUGGGAAGGGCGGGGUAUAAAUAAAAUAUUAUUAUUAUUAUUAUCAUUAUUAUUAAGACCAGGCAGGUGCCUUCCCUCUACUGUUCUUGUCACCUGCUAGAAAUAUUUUUAAGCCUGUCCAGAUGUAUAGAAAGUCGAUGGGGUGUUUUAAUCUGUUUUUCGUCUGUUGUUAUUUUUAACUUUUUGAAAGUUUUAAAUCACGGUCGUUGCUUUUUUAUAGUGAUGGUUUUAUUGCUUUAUCCCCUUUGGAGACAGAGUGGAGUGGCCCCCCAUCCGGUGUUUUUGAACUGUGAUUCCCAGAUUGCAGGGGGAGUUUGAACCAGGCGAGCCCACAGAUCUGUGGUUCUUUCUCUCUCUGCAGACCUAUGAGCAGCGGAAGGUGGUGGAGUUCACCUGCCACACGGCCUUCUUCGCCAGCAUCGUGGUGGUACAGUGGGCCGACCUCAUCAUCUGCAAGACCAGGAGGAACUCGGUCUUCCAGCAAGGCAUGAAGUAAGUCCCAGCCUCACCCCAAAAUAGAUACGCCUCUGAACUUGGAGGUUCCAUGUACCUCUCCUGGGACGCAGGUGGCGCUGUGGGUUAAACCACUGAGCCUAGGACUUGCCGAUCGGAAGGUUGGCGGUUCAAAUCCCCGCGACGGGGUGAGCUCCCGUUGCUCGGUCCCUGCUCCUGCCAACCUAGCAGUUCGAAAGCACGUCAAAGUGCAAGUAGAUCAAUAGGUACUGAUCCAGGAAGGUAAACGGCGUUUCCGUGCGCUGCUCUGGUUCGCCAGAAGUGGCUUAGUCCUGCUGGCCACAUGACCCGGAAGCUGUACGCCGGCUCCUUUGGCCAAUAAAGCAAGAUGAGCGCCACAACCCCAGAGUUGGUCAUGACUGAACCUAAUGGUCAAGGGUCCCUUUACCCUUUACCUAAAGGACUCCUGGAUGGUUAAGUCCAGUCAAAGGCGACUAUGGGGUUGCAGCGCUCAUCUCGCUUUCAGGCCGAGAGAUCCGGUGUUUGUUUGCAGACAGCUUUCCAGGUCAUGUGGCCAGCAGGACUAAACCGCUUCUGGUGCAACAGAACGCUGUGGCAGAAACUGGAGCAGCACAUGGAAACACCAUUUACCUUCCUGCUGGAGUGGUACCUAUUUAUCUACUUGCACUUUGAUGUGCUUUCGAACUGCUAGGUUGGCAGGAGCAGGGACCGAGCAACGGGAGCUCACCCUGUCAUUGCGGGGAUUUGAAGUCCUAGGCUCUGUGGUUUAACCCACAGCAUCACCCGCGUUCCGUACCUUUCCUUUUUUGGCCCUGGUUCAUAGCCAACUAAUCCCUGAUCACAGAAACCUAGAACUGUGAAGUUGUAAGGGACCCCCAACACUUAUCCAGUCCACCCCCUGCGAUGCAGGACUCGCAGCUAAACCACUCCUAGCAGGUGCCCAUCCAUCAGAAUAUAGGAAACUGCUUUAUCCCGCAUCACACCCUUGCUAUACAUCAAGCUCAGAAUGAUCUGCACUGACCGGCAGCAGCCAAAGAAAGUCUUUGGGGCUUCAGGCCUCCUGCGUUGUCCCUACACGAUGUGAGCAGGAGGAAGCUGGGGGGUGGAGCGUGCCCUUAGUGGCCCUCAGUCCUCCUGAGCUCCUUCCUUGUGACCCCCCACCCCACCCUCCUCUCUCUUUUCCCCUCCAGGAACAAGAUCCUGAUCUUCGGCCUCCUGGAAGAGACAGCCUUGGCCGCUUUCCUCUCGUACUGCCCUGGGAUGGGGGUGGCUUUGCGCAUGUACCCACUCAAGUAAGCUCCUUGUCCAGACCUGGUGGGGUUGGGUCAGCGCGUGAGGGGGGGCUUUGUCUCUGCCCUUUACCCCUCUCUAGAGCAGAGCUCAAGCUUGUGGGGUUUUCUAGGGCACCUUUCAUUCAUUUGCACGUCAGUCUAUCUAUCUCUAUCAUCAUUUAUUUAUUUAUUUAUUUACACAAAUAUUUGUAUACCGCUGCGUCAUCAAAAAAUGCCUCCAAGUGGUUUAAAAUGCAAUACCACACAAUAAAAUCCAUUUUUAAAAAAUGAAUCAGACAUCAAUGAACAAUCGUGGGAAGAUGUCUUCUUAAGCAGCUGCAGAAUAGAAAAUGUUUUCAGCCGGCAUUUAAGAUGUUAAAGACGGAAGGUGUGCCUGCUUAAUCUCUAGUGGCAGGGAGUUCCACAGGGCCAGGCUGAUGACGGCACUAAAAGGCCCGUUCCCCCUCGUUGCCAAAUGAGCCUCACCACUAAAAAAGUUUCGGAGAAAUUUGCACAGAAGUGGUAACGAAUUCCCGUGGAAAAUUCACAGACUGAUGUGGAGGGAGCUGAAUUUUAAGAUUGGCUGGAGGAGAAAGUGAGAGGCUUUGGAAACUGGCAGAUUUGCCCGUCUCCUGUCCUGCACUGUGCUCAGGACCUAAAUCCUCGGCUGGGCCCACUUCUGCCCACUAAUCCCUUUAAGAGCCAAGUUCUUGAGGCGGCCCCAUCUGCCAGGAUCUGGCAAGGCCUCAGCGCCAGGAGGGGGCAGCUUGGCAGCUGCUGAUCAGGAGAAAGCAGAGAGAAAAGCUCCUCUCCGUCUCUCGGGAUAACACUGGAACUCACGGGCGCCAUGGAAGCAGAAGGAUGGAAGUCUCAGGGCAGAGAAAAGAAAGUCCUUCUCCAUCCUGUGUGCGGUGGAACUGUGGAACUCCCUCUCGCAGGAGAUUAUUAUUAUUAUUAUUAUUACCCCGCCCUCCCCAGCCAGAGCCAGGCUCAGGGCAGCUAACACCAAUAAAAUAAAAUCACAGUAAAAACAUAAUAGGGGGGAAAGAGAGGGAGGGGGGAACAACCCAAUUUAAAAUACAGGUUAAAAUGCAAUUUAAAAUGCAGCCUCGUUUUAAAAGUAGCCCAUAGAUCAAGACCGUAAGGGGAGGGAAGCAUAAGGGUCAGACUGAGUCCAAACCAAAGGCCAGGAGGAACAGCUCUGUCUUGCAGGCCCUGCGGAAAGAUGUCAAGUCCCGCAGGGCCCUUGUCUCUUGGGACAGAGCGUUCCACCACGUCGGGGCCAGCACUGAAAAGGCCCUGGCUCUAGUUGAGACCAAUCUAACCACCUUGUGACUUGGGACCUCCAAGGUGUUGUUAUUUGUGGACCUUAAGGUCCUCCACAGGGCAGACCAGGAGAGGUGGUCCCAUAGGUACGAGGGUCCCAGGCUGAGAUAGUGAUGGCACCGAAAGAGGAUUAGGGGCUGGGAGAGGGGGGGAGGAAGGCUCCCUGAGUCACUUCAAAAUUUUUUCGAAAAAUGGGAUAUGAUUUAUAACGAAUUGAAAAAACUGUUUAAAUAUACCUUCCCUCCAAAAAACCAGAAGCCUUUUUGCUGGGGUUGAUAGGAGAUGAAAUAAGAAAAGCAGAUCAGAGACUAUUUAUGUACGCUACGACUGCAGCCAGAAUCUUAGUAGCCCAAAAAUGGAAAACUCAGGAAAUACCAACACUAAUGCGGGGGCAGACAAAAAUGGUUGAAUAUGUAGAAUUAGCAAAACUGAUCCACAGGAUCCAUAACCAAGAGGAAACAAAGUUCAAAAAUGAAUGGAAUAUAUAGGUAAUAACUGUAGAAGUUUAAAGACUGUAGUAGGAUUAAAAUAAAUUUUGUGAUGUGCUACUAAUAUCCUGCAGAAAAAGAGAAAAUUCAAUAUGAAAGCCUGUUGAAGGGAGGGAUGGAAGUCUGUGUUUUGAAAAUAGAGCGUUUUGAAAAUAAGUAGACAUAUGAUUGUUGAAUUUUAGAGUAUUCAUUUUGUUUGUGUAUGUUAAAGAAAACUCAAUAAAAAGCAUUUGGGGGGAAAAACCAAAGCGCUUCUCUCCCUCCCUCUCUCCUCUCCAGGGUGACCUGGUGGUUCUGCGCUUUCCCGUACAGCCUCCUCAUUUUCAUCUACGACGAAGUCAGGAAGCUCCUCAUUCGCCGCUACCCUGGUGGUGAGUGUCGUUCUGGACCCCCCCCCACCCAAAAAGGAUGUGCAGGGCUUCCCUCGGGGGCCCCUGGUUGGCCGCCGUGAAAAUGGGAGGCCGGACUGGAUGGACCCCCGUCUUAGGCUCCGAUGGGCCAAUGACCGGAGGAUGAAUCGACUGGUGGCUUCUAGCCACAAUGGCUACAUCCUCCGUCCUCUGUCGGAGGCAGGGCACCUCUGAAUGCCAGGGAACGCUCAUGUGCUGGUCCCAUGGGUUACCUGAGAGGCGAGGUCCAAGUCCGGUCCGUGGUCAAAGGGGCAACGGGGAGGCAGUCCGUAGUAGCUUAAGCUGGGUGCAGGGCAGGGAGUCGGGUGAAGUCAGGAACAGGCAUGCAAGUGUUGUAAACAAAAAUUGCCCUUUUCCCUUAUGGGGUAUCCAAGAGCCCGUAUAGAGUCCUUACGUAGGUUCCCUAUUGGUAGGAGAGAAUAACAGAGGCCAAGCAGAGAAUAUUGAGAAGCAAAGCAGCUAGUAAGCCUGAUCUUUAUUGAUCUGUUGCAACAGGGUGCCCCCUCACAUGCAGAAGAAGGAGGAGGACCCAGAACAAUGGCACGCAAGGCCUUAUAAAAACUUUUGAAAUUGCCACCCUGUAGAUCAAGACCACCCCCAGAAACAUCAUACAUAUAUCACAGAAGGGGUGUAACCUAAGACCACCCCUCAGAUACAUCACACCUACAUCACAGAAAAGGCGGUCUUAAAACAGAAAUUUGAAUGUUGUUUGUCUCCUGUCUGGCAGGUUACUUGAUUGGAUACCCUGGGGAGCCUGGCCAGUCUUUUGUAAUGACAAAUACUUAGUUCCUGAGCCAGGUCACAGGCUCACACCCUAUUCAUACACAGACACACCCUUAAGGCAGGAUUUGUGAAGGAAAAGACAAUGGGAGGUUUCCCACUUUGACCUUGCAGAGAAAAGAUUUGGUCAGUUUAGGAAUCAAAAUGGUUCCAGGUUGGCCUUCCUGUGCUGAUCUAUAUAUGUGCUUGGUUGGUACACUUAUGAACAUUACCAUAUAUCUAAGACCAUAAAAUUCCUAUCACACAAGCAGGGAGCCAGGGCGGGUCAGGAGCUCAGGCAGGAAAGCAGGAUAGGGUUCAGGCAGGAACUGGCAACCAACAAUGUUGCUCCCGCAACCUCGGACUGGUUUUUAUCUCCUCUGAGGCAUAGGGCGGCCCCGAUCCUCAGGUGACUCGCCUCUCCUGGCCUGGAGGCGAGCACUCCUCCUGCGGGAACUCAGUUCCCUCCGCCUCUCUGCCCUGAGCCUCUGCAGCUCAGGAGAGGCUGGAGGGUUACUAGACCCAGAGGCAACCUCCUCUUCCCCUGACGGGGCUGAGAGUGGAGCACCUGCAGGCAAUGGGUCCUCCAUCACCUCAGGAGCCAGAGCAGACUCAGCUGGUGCCUGCACCUGAGGAUCCAGCACAGGUGAGGACCCUUCAGGCUCAGGCCCCAGCCCCGGCUCAGCUGGUUCUGGAGGUGGGGACUCCUGUGAAGGCUGGGAUCCCUCAGAUUCAGCAUCCGAGUCUGAAUCCCAGGCCAUCACACCUCAAGUUGGCUUGAUCCAGCAGCCAGGCACUCCCUAUGGGGGGCUCCUGUGGCAGCAGAACCUCCAGGCCCAGUGGCAGUCUGCCCUGAAAAUCAAGAUAAUGGGGGGACACAAAUGGAGAGGUGUUGUUGCCCUCAGAUCCUGCCAGUGGGUUUCCCGCUGGUUGGCCUCUGUGGGAGCAGGAGUCUCCCUUGGGCCUGAUCCAGCGGCUCUUUGGAUGUUCCUAUGGAGCCUCCAGGUCCAGAGGCAGUCUAUCUCGAUUCCUGGGUUCUCAGGGGCUUUUUGGCCACUGUGGCCCAGGGCUGUGGGGCAAAGGGGUCUCCUUUGGCCUGAUCCAGCCGCUGCAACACCCUCCUCAUGUUCUCAUGCAAGUGUAUCUUUUCCCAACUCAACCGUCUGUUCCAGACAGUUUCAUGUUUAAUAGGUUAUUGUAUUUUAAUAUUCCAUUGGAAGCCGCCCAGAGUGGCUGGAGAAACCCGGCCAGAUGGGCAGGGUAUAAAUAAAUUAUUAUUAUUAUUAUUAUUAUUAUUAUUAUUAUUAUUAUUAUUCCACACACACUAACUCUUCUCUCUCUCUCUCCUCCCUCUUCCUUUCCCAGGCUGGGUGGAAAAGGAGACCUACUACUAAAGGCAGCAAGCCACCCCUUCCUUACAACCUGUAGUCGAAAGCCAGACGAUGUAGUCAGAAAGAGGCAAUAAAAGUUAAUUUAACCUGUUCUCCAGGCCUCGCCCCUUGCUGUCCCUUCGGAAGAGGAGACCCUUGUGGUGCCAGGAAAAGCGGGGAGUCUCACACCUCUUGCAUGGUUGGAAGUGGGGGCUGCGGGGGCAAAUCAAAAUAGUCUGGCGGGUGUUGUGUUUGGGGCCGGCCUGUUGAAACCCAGUGGGUGGGGAGCUCAUCGAAUCAUAGAGUUGCAAGGGACCCCCAAAGGUCAUCUAUCCCAACCCCAUGCAACGCAGGAAUCACAGCUCCUGAUUCCGUUCCCUGGGCAGGCUAGCUGUAUCCCAGGUGAAUGCAGAGCAGCGUGCGCCUUCGCCCCGCCCCCCCCCCCGCCCUGCCUGCCAGCUGCCGUUGGCCCCAGACCCGUUCCUAACUGCCCCAGGUGCUAAUGGCACAGAAAGGGGAUCUGGGCAGCCGGUAUAAAAAUAAGACUCUGGAUCAGCAGAAAGGGCCGAAAUAGUGUCAGAGCUCACUUAAGCUGCAGGGCCCCGGGGCGGCAUUUGUGGCUGAUUAAAAUAACAGCAGCUGUCCCCGGCCAAGUGCUGCAGCGAGGGUUAAAAAUAGCCCCAGCCGAGGCACCACUAGCCUUAAGGGCCACUGCAGGAUGGAAAGGAGGAGGCGGCAGCGGCAGCAGCGGCAGCGGCCCUGGACAGGUCCAGGCGUCUGGGCUGCACUCCGCGUGGUUCCCUUAAGACAUUGCGCGGGGAUGGACUGGAUGAGCUUUGGGGGCUCUUCACACGCCACCACCGUUGUGUGAUUCCAAGGAAGAGGAAAACCUCUCCUUACGCAGGGCUGGAGCUCCGUGGCAGAGCAGGUGCUGUUUCUGAAACCCUCGAGAGCCACCUGCCAGUCAGUGCAGACAACAUGUAGCUAUGUGGACUUGAUAAGGCAGCGUCCUACACUCCCUAAAACCUUUUUGCUGCGGCAACAGGGUGUGUGUAGCUGUGACACCCACAAACACAAAGGUCCUCUGUUGGCACGUGUGUGUGUUUGUCGCCUUCUGUUCCAAGGUACGUGCGCCCCCACCCUGUGCAGAAACAAUUAAAAUCCUGAUAAUGAGGUAC